AUGGCGGCCAUGUCGGACAAUAUCUCCCAUUCAAUUACCAAUACACUGAAAUCCACUCAGCUGCCACCAACUCCCACUACUAACCCCCCAGAGAACAAACCGGUGACCCCUUGUGGGCGUAAAGCCGCAAAAAAGUCUCGCCACCUGGACGAGGAUGCCACCAAAACAUUACAGAGGGACAGGGUAUGUCCUGUCACAGAUCAUGUGGUUGUACCACAACUAAGAGCCAACCACCGGGCAAAAUCGGUGAGGAACUGGAAAAGGGCUAAAGCCCUCAUUGAAUCCUCUAAAUCUGAGUCAGAGCAAGAGGAGGCACAGAGCGAGUCCGAUGAGGAGGACUCUUAUGAUCCCAACAUUUAUUUUUCAGAGCACAGCUCCUUGACAGUAGCGGGAAAAGACCCCAAAGAUGGAGUGGACGACUCCUCCCUGGUUAUUAUUAUUAUUAUUGCCAUUUAUAUAGCGCCAACAGAUUCCGUAGCGCUUUACAAUAUUAUGAGAGGGGAGAUUUAACUAUAAAUAGGACAAUUACAAGAAAACUUACAGGAACGAUAGGUUGAAGAGGACCCUGCUCAAACGAGCUUACAGUCUAUAGGAGGUGGGGUACACGUUAAAGACACGUUAGGACAGGAAAUAUCAAAUAGGGUGGGAGUGAAGCAAAGCUGGAGGAGAGGGUAGAGUGCUGCCCUAUAGGAGAGACCAAGAGACAGGUAUGUAAGGUAGAGGUUAGUCUGGGAGGCCAUAAGCUUUCCUGAAGAGAUGGGUUUUAAGGCUCUUUUUAAACGAUUGAAGACUAGGGGAGAGUCUGAUGGCGGUAGGCAGGCUAUUCCAUAGGAAAGGAGCCACCUGCGAGAGGUCCUGCAAGCGUGAGUUGGCUCUACGGGUGCGAGCAGUGGUCAGGAGGUGGUCACGGGCAGAGCGGAGGGAACGAGGAGGGGCAUACCUAUGGAUCAUUGAGGAGAUAUUAGAGGGGCUAGAAUUGUUCAGUGCUUUCAAUGUAUGGGUUAGCACUUUGAAUUGACUCCUAUAGGAUACAGGGAUCCAAUGUAAGGACUGGCAGAGGGGUGAUGUGUGAGAGGACUGACUAGAGAGGAAAAUCAGUCUAGCUGCAGUAUUCAUUACAGACUGUAGCGGGGCAAUACGGCUUUUGGGGAGACCAAUCAGGAGAGGGUUACAGUAAUCCAUGCGGGAAAUUACUAGAGCAUAGACAAGCUCUUUGGUCGCAUCUUGUGUAAGAAAGGGGCGGAUGCGUGCUAUGUUUUUGAGUUGGAACCUACAGGAUUUGGCAACAAACUGGAUGUGAGGCUCAAAGGUAAGGCCAGAGUCAAGUAUGACGCCAAGACAGCGUGCUUGCAAGGAUGGACUUAUGUGGAUAUCACUGACUUGAAGGGAGAGCGAGAGAGGAGGAUCAGUAUUAGGAGGAGGAAAGACAAGGAGUUCAGUUUUAGAGAGAUUGAGUUUCAGAAAGCGUAGGGACAUCCAGUCAGAGAUGGAAGAAAGGCAAGCAGUGACACGUUGCAGGACGGCAGGGGAGAUGUCCGGGGAGGAGAGGUAUAUCUGAGUGUCAUCAGCGUACAGGUGGUAGUUGAAUCCAAAAGAGGCAAUAAGCUUGCCAAGAGAGGCAGUAUAAAGAGAAAAUAGAAGGGGACCAAGGACAGAGCCUUGGGGAACUCCAACCGAGACAGGACGAGGGGAGGAGGUAUGCUUGGGAAAGGAGACACUGAAUGAGCGUUGGGAGAGAUAGGAGGAAAACCAAGAGAGGACAGAGUCACAGAGACCGAGCGAUUGAAGAGUUUGAAGGAGGAGAGCAUGAUCAACGGUGUCAAAGGCAGCAGAGAGGUCAAGGAGAAUUAAUAUGGAGUAGUGACCUUUGGAUUUAGCUGCGAUUAGGUGUUAGUGACUUUGAUGAGAGCAGUCUCAGUAGAAUGGGGAGGGCGGAAGCCAGACUGAAGAGGGUCAAGGAGAGAGUUGGAAUUGAGGAAGCGAGACACACGGGUAAAGACAAGUCUUUCCAAAAGCUUUGAUGAGAAAGGGAGCAGGGAUAUUGGGCGAUAGUUAGAGGGGGAGGACGGAUCAAGAGAUGUUUUUUUCAGGAUAGGUACUACAGUGGCAUGUUUAAGGUCAGCAGGGACAACGCCAGAAGAGAGAGAGUAGUUAAAGAUGUGUGUUAGGGUAGGCACAAGACAAGUGGAGAGAGAUCUGGGUGGGAUGGGACAGGAUCGAGCGGGCAAGUGGUGGGGCGAGAGCAAUGGAGAAGCACAGCCACCUCUUGUUCAGUAACCGGGCAUUUAAAGCAUUUAAAUCGGACAAAUCAGAUGCAUCUUAUAAAAGAUAUAAGGAUGCAAAUAAUGCGUGCAAAAAGGCAAUUAGAAUUGCUAAACUUCAAAAUGAAAUAAUGAUAGCUGAAGAGAGCAAGACCAACCCCAAAGCAUUUUUUAAGUACAUAAAUUCUAAAAAAAAACAAAAUGAAAGUGUAGGUACACUAAAAACUGAAACGGGGGUGUUAAUUAAUGAAGACCAGGAAAAGGCAGGAAUUUUAAAUAACUAUUUCUCCUCCGUAUAUAUUAAGGAAGAACCCAUGGCAAUAGAUGUGCAAAUGAUUGCUACUAAAAACUUGCAGAAUAAUUGUAAUUGGUUAACUCAAGACAAGGUGCUGCAGCAACUAAAGAAAGUUAAUAUAAACAAAGCUCCAGGGCCUGACGGUAUCCAUCCACGUGUACUUAAGGAACUAAGUGCAGAAAUAAGUGAACCUCUGUUUUUAAUCUUUCAAGAUUCUUUUCUUUCAGGAAGUGUUCCGGAGGAUUGGAGGAAGGCAGAUGUGGUUCCUAUAUUCAAAAAGGGUUCAAAAUCCUUGCCUGGAAAUUAUAGACCUGUGAGCUUAACUUCUGUGGCUGGUAAAAUAUUUGAAAGGUUAUUAAGGGAUAAUAUUCAAGAAUUCCUUGAGAAGAACAUGGUUAUCAGCAAAAAUCAGCAUGGUUUUAUGAAGCACAGGUCAUGUCAAACUAACUUGAUUGCGUUCUACGAAGAAGUAAGUAGAAGUAUAGAUCAGGGUGUUGCCGUGGAUGUGAUCUAUUUGGAUUUUGCCAAGGCAUUUGAUACAGUUCCACACAAUAGAUUAGUGUUCAAACUCAAGGAAAUCGGUCUAGAUGAAAAUGCUUGUUCUUGGGUAGAACAUUGGCUUAAAAACAGAGUACAAAGAGUUGUCAUUAAUGGUAAAUUUUCAAGCUGGACAGAGGUGGCAAGUGGUGUCCCUCAGGGGUCUGUUCUGGGACCCCUUCUAUUUAACAUGUUUAUAAAUGAUCUUGAAGACCGCAUUGAAAGUCAUGUUUCAGUGUUUGCAGAUGACACCAAAAUUUGUAAAACAAUACAAUGUGAGCAAGAUAUUACUUUGCUGCAGAGGGAUUUAGAUAGACUGGGGGACUGGGCACUCAAAUGGCAGAUGAAAUUUAAUGUUGAAAAAUGCAAAGUUAUGCACUUCGGCGUAAAGAAUACACAAGCAACGUAUACCCUUAAUGGAAGCGAAUUAGGGAUAACAACACAUGAAAAGGACUUGGGAAUUGUUAUAGACAACAAACUAUGCAACAAUGUGCAAUGUCAAUCAGCAGUGGCCAAGGCCAGUAAGGUAUUGUCAUGCAUGAAAAAGGGCAUUCAUUCUCGGGACAAGAAUAUCAUUUUGCCUCUUUAUAAAUCACUGGUAAGACCACAUAUUGAAUAUGCUGUGCAAUUUUGGGCACCUGUUCUAAAGAAGGAUAUUAUGGCACUAGAAAAAGUGCAGAGGCGGGCUACAAAAUUAAUAAAAGGAAUGGAACAUAUCAGCUAUGAAGAAAGGUUAACAAAUUUAAACCUAUUUAGUUUAGAAAAACGUCGCCUGAGAGGGGAUAUGAUAACAUUAUACAAAUAUAUUCGGGGCCAAUACAAACCAUUGUGUGGAAAUCUAUUCACAAACCGGACUUUACAUAGGACACGAGGUCAUGAGUUUAGACUGGAAGAAGGAAGAUUUCGUCUAAGGCUGUAACGAGAAUAUACCCCUACACGCAGGAUCCAGCUAAACAGAAGCCAAUACAGAGGAGAGAUACGUCUACCGGACCUUAGAAUGGCCGGACUCGACGUAUAUGAGAGGAGACCGAGCCAGGAACAAACCGAGGUCAAGGGCACAGAGAGACAGCGUAAACUAGGACAAGCCGGGGUCUGGUACACGGAAAACAGCAAGCCGGCAAACAGUACAGAUAAGGAUAAAGCGAAAACGAAGUCAGAAUACAAAGCCAAAGUCAAUACGAGAAAACACAACUGAACACCACAAGCGCUAAAGGGAACUGAAACAGAAACCACGAUAGGGCAACGAGCUAAGGGAAAAAGGUAAGUUUAAAUAGCUUUUAAACGAAAGUGAUUGGCUCCUGUCACUUCCACACCCCAAAAGGUAAUUGUAUAGGGAGUGUGGUAUGACAGGAGCCAAUGGGAGCCUUUUGGCAAUUAGGCUCCCACUGUCUCUUUAAGAGCGCGCCCGAGACUCGCGGCGCGCUCUUAGUUUCAGGCGGGACACGUGACCGCUUCACGCGGUCACUGCCCGCCUUCCAUCUAAAGCAGUCGGAUGAGCCGCAGGACCGCGCGUGGCUUGAAGAGAGGACCGCGACCGGCCCCCGGUUGAGGUAAGUAACGCUACAGUACCCCCCCCUGAGGACACGCCCUCCGGGCGGGUAGGACCAGGCCUGGCAGGAAAACGAGAAUGGAAAGAGCGCACAAGACGGGGAGCAUGAACAGCAUCAGCCGAAAUCCAACUGUGCUCCUCAGGCCCAUAACCCUUCCAAUGUACCAAGUACUGAAGUCGACCCCUAAGGAAACGAGAGUCAAGAACAGCAGACACUUCGAACUCCUCAUGACCCUCCACUGAGAUAGGAGGGGGAGGAGGAGUAUGCCGGGUAUAGCGGUUGCGUACGUAAGGUUUCAACAAUGAGGUGUGAAAAACAUUAGGAAUACGUAGAUUCUUAGGCAGGCCUAAGGCAUAAGAAACAGGAUUAACCUUAUGUAUAAUACGAUAAGGUCCAAUGAAGCGGGGAGCCAAUUUCAUAGAAGGCACCCGGAGACGAAUAUUCCGCGUGGAAAGCAAAACCCUGUCCCCCACAACAUAGGACGGAGCUGCUCUGCGAUGCUUGUCAGCCUGAGCCUUCUGGCGAGUAGCAGAGUCCACCAAAGAACGCUGAACCUGCUCCCAAGUAUUACGCAAACCAGCCAAAUGCUCAUCCAGAACUGGCAUACCCUGUGAGGAGAAUGCAGCCGGAAGAACAACGGGAUGCAGGCCAUAGACAACGUAAAAAGGGCUCUUGCCGGAAGAAUCAUGAGUGGCGUUAUUCCGAGCAAAUUCAGCCCAAGGAAGCAGGUCAGACCAAUUGUCCUGAUGGUGAGACACAAAACAACGGAGGUAUUGCUCCAGAGACUGGUUGGCACGUUCAGCAGCCCCAUUAGACUGGGGAUGAUAAGCGGAAGAAAAUGAGAGAGAAAUACCCAUUUCUGAACAAAAGGCUCUCCAGAACCUGGAAAUAAAUUGGCUACCCCUAUCGGAUACAAUAGAUACGGGAAUACCAUGUAACCGAAAUACUUCUCUAGCGAAGAUAUGAGCCAGUUCCUUGGAUGUGGGCAACUUGUGAAGAGACACGAAGUGAGCCAUCUUGGAAAACCGAUCCACUAUCAUCAGGAUUACUGUGUUACCAUUUGAAGGGGGUAAUUCAACAAUAAAAUCCAUGGACAGGUUAGACCAAGGUCUCUCGGGAACGGGUAACGGAUGCAACAGCCCACAAGGAACUCUACGGGAGGAUUUCAUACAGGCACAAGUAGUACAAGCACUUAUAUAGUCAGUGACAUCCUUUCGUAAGGAAUCCCACCAAAAAUACCGAGAAACAGCUGACACCGUUUUGGAAAUACCAGGAUGUCCAGCAGUCUUAGUAUCAUGAUAUAAUGACAUAAUAUCCCGUCUCUCGGAACAUCAACGAACAGUUUAUCAUUAGGCCUCUCGCUAGGUGCCAUGCUUUGUUUCGCUUGUAUGGCCUGCAAGAGGGACGAGGAAAUAGACAAAAUAGUAGUAGCUAUUAUCCUGUCUGGGGGAAUGACAGGAGUAACAUCAAUCUCCUGUUUGUCAGUAGUUUCGAACUGUCUGGACAGAGCGUCUGCUUUAGUGUUGCGAUCACCUGGCCUAUAGGUGAUAAUAUAAUUAAAACGAGAUAAAAACAGUGACCACCUAGCCUGCCUGGAAGACAAUCUUUUAGCUUCGCUAAGGUAGGAUAGGUUCUUGUGAUCCGUAAAAAUGAGGAUAGGAUCCUUAGUUCCUUCUAACAAAUGUCUCCACUCUUUAAGUGCUAAAAUAAUAGCAAGGAGUUCGCGAUUACCCACAUCAUAAUUUUUCUCUGCUUUGGACAUUUGUUUAGAAAAGAAGCCGCAUGGAUGCAAUGGCUUUUCAGGCGACUCUCUUUGGGAUAAGACAGCACCUACCCCAAUAUCCGAAGCAUCAACUUCAAGAAUAUAGGGCAGUGAGGGGACAGGAUGCUGUAAAAUAGGUGCAGAGGCGAACGUAGUUUUAAGAAAUUCAAAAGCCUGAAGUGCCUCGGUAGACCAAACACGAGUAUUGCCAUCCUUUUUAGUCAUACGGGUAAUAGGUGCUACAAUGGACGAGAAACCUUUGAUAAAACGUCUAUAAUAAUUGGAGAACCCAAGAAAACGCUGAAUAGCUUUAGACCUUGCGGUAUUGGCCAUUCUAUUACAGCAGCAAGCUUCUGGGGAUCCAUACGAAAACCUUUAGCGGAAAUCAAAUACCCCAAAAACUGGACUUCGGGUUGGUCAAACAGACAUUUUUCUAGCUUGCAAUAAAGACCAUUAGCAAGAAGGGUCUUCAAAACUGUCAUAACAUGUCUGUGAUGAGUGUGUAUAUCUGUAGAAUAUAUUAAAAUGUCGUCCAAGUAUACGAUAACAAAUGUGUGAAUAAAAUCUCUUAAGACAUCAUUAAUAAAUUCUUGGAAUACUCCUGGGGCAUUGCAAAGCCCAAAUGGCAUAACAGUAUAUUCGUAAUGACCGGAUCUAGUGUUGAAUGCAGUCUUCCAUUCGUGACUUUCCUUUAUACGUAUCAAAUUGUAUGCACUCCUAAGGUCUAAUUUAGUGAACACAGUGGCAUGUUUCAGCCUGUCAAAUAAUUCUGUAAUUAAAGGUAUAGGGUAUGCAUUUUUGAUAGUGAUUUUGUUUAGACCUCUAUAAUCAUACACGGUCUUAAAUCACCUUCUUUCUUCGAUACAAAGAAGAACCCUGCUCCAGCUGGAGAAGAGGAUCUCCUAAUAAACCCCUUUUCUAGUGAUUCCUUAAUAUACUCCUCCAUGACACGGUUUUCUUGAACCGAUAAGGGGUACAUCCUGCCCUUUGGAGGUAUAGUGCCAGGCAACAAGUCAAUAGCACAAUCAUAGGGUCUGUGAGGCGGUAAUUUCUCAGCCUCCCUUUUAUCGAAAACAGUCUUUAGAGAUAAAUACUGAGGGGGUAUAGCCGUAGACAAAGGAGGACUGGUAGGUACCUUAAUAGAAUUCAAAGGUGUGACUUCAAUCGUACAAGACUUGUGGCAGGCCUCACUCCAUGAUUUUAUUUGCCCUGUCUCCCAGUCAAAAAUGGGAUUGUGAGCACGUAACCAUGGAUACCCUAAUACUAACUGUGAAGAGGGAGAGGUGAUGACCUGGAAUCGAAUGGUUUCAUAGUGUAAAAACCCUGUGUACAUGUGUAAUGGUACAGUCUCAUGAGUAACAACUGGAGAACUUAAUGGUCUACCAUCUAUGGCCUCAACGGCCAAGGGUAUCUCCUUCUCUCUGAUAGGAAUGUUGUUUCUCUUUAUAAAGCCAGAGUCUAUAAAAUUUUCAGCUGCCCCAGAGUCAACCAGAGCAUAUAUGUUGUCAACUAUACAAAUCUCUCCCAUAUAUAAAGAAACCGGGAGAAGCAAGCGGUUGGGAGGCAAUUUAGGAGACUUAGAUAUCACACCCAAGGCCAGUCCCCUAUAAGGUGCGAGAGUUUUCCGGGAGUAAAGGACAUUCCUUUACCAUAUGGUCUCUCCUACCACAGUAUAGGCAGAGUCCCUCCCUUCUCCUAUGUAAUUUCUCAGUAUCAGAGAGUUUGGCAACCCCUAAUUGCAUAGGUUCCUCCUCAGACACUUUAACACUCUCUGGUAUAUUAACUCUGGGGUUAAUGGGUGUAACAAAACGUCUAUUCCUGUUCUUGGUAUAGAGCCUGUCACGAAUUCUAUUAUCUAUAUCAAUGAGGUAAUCAAUAAGGUCCUCUAAGGCAAUAGGAAGCUCCUUAGCUGCUACCUCAUCCAAUAUCGUAUCUGAUAAACCUUCCAUGAAGGCAGUAGUUAACCCAUUGUUGGUCCAAUCUACCUGCGAAGCAAGAGUGCGAAACUUAAUAGCAUACUCAGCCACAGAUCUAGAACCCUGUUUAAUUCUCAUUAAUGCUCUCGCGGCAUUCUUUGACCUUUUCAUUGUGUCAAAAGUUCUACGAAAAGCCGUAAGAAAACUGUUGAAAUCAUGUACCAUAGGUCCAUUAGCUUCCCAAAUAGGAUUUGCCCACUCAAGUGUCUUAUCGGUAAGUUGGUGCAUAAAGAACCCAACCUUAGACCUCUCUGUGGGAAAUGAACGUGGAUACAUUUCGAAGUGGAAUUCAAUUUGAUUAAUAAACCCUCUGCAAGUCUUAGAGUCCCCUCCAUACCUAGGAGGAGGUGUUAAAUGGGCCGAAGUAUUAGGCAAAGUAGAUACUUCAGGGAGAAGGGGCGUAGGAGGGUUAGGUGUGGUUGCUGGAACGGUUCUAGCUAGGAGCGUCUGGAGAGCCUGGGCUAUCUGAUCCAUACGGUGAUCCUGCUCUACAAAUCUUGCCUCAUGGGACGCCAUCUGUUGAGCUAAAUCUGCGGGGUCCAUGGCCCUAUCGUAAUGUAACGAGAAUAUACCCCUACACGCAGGAUCCAGCUAAACAGAAGCCAAUACAGAGGAGAGAUACGUCUACCGGACCUUAGAAUGGCCGGACUUGACGUAUAUGAGAGGAGACAGAGCCAGGAACAAACCGAGGUCAAGGGCACAGAGAGACAGCGUAAACUAGGACAAGCCGGGGUCUGGUACACGGAAAACAGCAAGCCGGCAAACAGUACAGAUAAGGAUAAAGCGAAAACGAAGUCAGAAUACGAAGCCAAAGUCAAUACGAGAAAACACAACUGAACACCACAAGCGCUAAAGGGAACUGAAACAGAAACCACGAUAGGGCAACGAGCUAAGGAAAAAAGGUAAGUUUAAAUAGCUUUUAAACGAAAGUGAUUGGCUCCUGUCACUUCCACACCCCCAAAAGGUAAUUGUAUAGGGAGUGUGGUAUGACAGGAGCCAAUGGGAGCCUUUUGGCAAUUAGGCUCCCACUGUCUCUUUAAGAGCGCGCCCGAGACUCGCGAAGCGCUCUUAGUUUCAGGCGGGACACGUGACCGCUUCACGCGGUCACUUCCCGCCUUCCAUCUAAAGCAGUCGGAUGAGCCGCGCGCGGCUCGUGCAGCCGCAGGACCGCGCGUGGCUUGAAGAGAGGACCGCGACCGGCCCCCGGUUGAGGUAAGUAACGCUACAAAGGCAAAGGAAAGGUUUUUUUACUGUAAGAACAAUCAGGAUGUGGAAUUCUCUGCCUGAGGAAGUGGUUUUAUCAGAGUCCAUACAGAUGUUCAAACGGCUACUAGAUGCAUACUUGCAAGAACAGAAUGUGACAGACCCAUCUGUCUGGAUUACAAAUGCUUUGUUCGCCUGUUUUGCCGGUUACAUGAAUUUCCCCAUUCGUAUGCUUUAUUCAAGGGAAUGUCGGUUUUGUCGAACGAAACUACCGAACGGACGGCCACCCAGAAGAGAAGUGUGCUGCUGGUUAACCUAUUGAUCCCAAUUAGAACGUUGCGGUUAACCACAGACACUUCUCAAUUAAAAACCGAAUGCCGGGUGGUCGUCGUUCGUAUGUCGACCACGAGGCGGCGGCCAUUUUGUCCAUGCGAACGACCAGCGGUGUUCAACGAUUAUUUCAUGGAUCGGAAAACGGACACUUUUUCAGCCGAACACCGCUGAAGCCGUCGACCUCCCCUUCUCAAUCGACAAAAGCAUACGAAUGACAGCCGUUCGGGAGAUUCAACCACACGAAUGGACUUAACCCAGAUAGCCGUCCCAUGGAGUCAAUCGCAUACCGAAGAACUGAAAGAGACUUUGACUCCAUGGUGAUUGAACUGUGCGAAUGGGAUCUGAGUGCUAUUCUCCAAUAAUGUGCACUCAGAUCCAGGCUAUCUGGGGAUACGUAAUACGAAUGUAAUAUGUUCGGCAGUUAUGAAGUUAUGGAUUUUCAUGUGUUUUUGUGACUUGUGUUUAAAAUGGCGAUUGCCUCUGCUCAGGGAGAUAAUUGAGUUACUUCCCAAUUAUCCCCCGAGCAGAGGGGAGGGAACUGUACUGCAUGCUGGGAAUAUUGUGGGGAUGUAUGUCCAAAAUGUCCCCAUGUCCUUCUGUGAUUUCAGUCUCCCAUUUGGUCCCCUAGGGGAGUAUCCACCAAGUGGGAGACCUGCAUAAAUACCGGGCAGGUAGCCCACAGUAAAUCAGUUCGUGUUUUACCCUCAAAGCGGAGCUUGGUCUCGUUAUUGGGGGGAUUUGGUUACCAGCGACUAGAGACUGCUUAUUUGGAUUAUUUGCCGCUUGGGAGAUAUUGACGUUCGGUUACUAUUUGCCGUUCGUGGAUUUGCAGCUCGUGAAGGGAAUUAGCCGUACAGGUACCGUUCGGGAGUUUGGAGUGUUCCCUGGCUGGCGGUUCGCAUGGUUUUACUAUACCCGCUACCCGACCACAUUAUUGCGAACGGGGAAUACUCGCUAAACGGCGGUUUGUACAUUUCAUUACUGGAGGUACCGUAACACAGAAUAUUCAAGGAUAUAAUCUUUCAAUGUAGGGUAAUAACUGCUUGAUCCAAGGAUUAAUCUGACUGCCAUUCUGGGGUCAAGAAGGAAUUUUUUUCCUAGCUUGUUGCAAAAUUGUGCUUCAAACUGGGUUUUUUUGCCUUCUUUUGGAUCAACAGCAAAAAACAAAUGUGAGGUAGGCUGAACUUGAUGGACGCAAGUCUCUUUUCAGCUAUGUAACUAUGUAACUAUGUAACCGGGGAGAAAGUCUGAAGGGUAGGGAAGGCAUGAUUUAUGUGUGGUUGAGAAAGAGAACGGCAUGGAGGGGAAAAUUGUUUCCUUAGCUGUUCAAUCUUGUUGGUAAAGUAGCAUGCAAAGCUAUCAGCUGUAAGGUUAGUUUGAUGGGUGGCCGCAGCAGUGCGCAGAAGUGAGUUAAAGGUGUCAAAGACGUCUGGGAUUGCGGCAGCAUGAACUAAUGAGAGAGGAAAAGUAUGACUGUUUGGCGAGGGCAAGGGCUGCGCUGUAUGAACGCAACAUGAAUCUAUAACAGAGAAAGUCUGCCUGGGUGCGGGACUUCCUCCAGGAGCGGUUGACCCGCAGGGUGAGCCACUGUUUGACCCCGACACCUUACAACACCCGAGAUCCUCGGAGUGGUAUCCCCUAGAACAUAUUGCGAAAUAUAUCACUGCUCGUAUUAGAAAACCACUUGACAAGGUGGCAUGAGGCAAACUCCGGGCAGAAUGCCCACGCCCCACUAUUCCUGAUAUGGCAUGCGCCACCCCUGACAUAGACCCAAAAAUCGCCCAAUUCUUGAGGAAAUCAGGUUGGAAGGCCAAGAAGGGCCUGGAUUUUGCCUGGCGGAAUUGCCAGGAUAAGGUCCUGGAUGUCCUAGGGUCAAUUGCGAAAAUGUUCGACAUGGUCGAAAUCGCACAAGCAGAUGGUACACCGGUGGAUUUAGAAGCUCUCAGGGGGUGGAUCCAGCGAUCCGUAUGUCUACUGGGCAACGCCAAUACGGUGGUAGCCACUGAAAGGCGCAAGGCAAUCCUGAUUAAAAUAGAACCUAAGUGUCACAUAUUCAUCCGCUUAUAAAAAUAAGGUUAAUGGCAUUUACUGUCCACACAUGAAAAGUUGUGCUGAGCAGCAACCAAAUCCACAGAAGAGUUAAUGCUGAGCAGCAAUUAUGCAAAUGGGAACCUGGUAACUGCCUUUGCGGUCAAAGGCCGGUUACAGCCUAUCAGAUCUAGAGGAGGGGUAUUUAGGCCCAGGUUCGCAGGCCCGUAUUAUGAGUGGACUCGCAGGUCCUUCGUCGUAUAAUUGUUCCGUGGGUAUAGUCUUUUGUUUGAUUAUCUUCUCGAAUUAUUUAACCAUGUGUCUUGCUCAUCGUCAGUUACGCUUUAUCUAUAACAGUUUUAUACAGUUACAUGUUCAAUUGGGCUCGCAGGCCCGCAUUGUCGUCGGACUCGCAGGUCCCUUGCGGUUGGUGCGUGUGCGUGUAUAUCCCUGUUGCGUAUGCCUGUCUGUAGGAAGGUCGUGUGACAGCCUGGUUCCUGUGGUCUGCGUCUCUUGUACCUACCCCUCUUUGUAUUGCCCUGUCUAGUUUAUGUAUUCUUCGUCUGCGUGUCUGGUCCUCCCGUGUCUGUUUUGGUGUUUUGUGGGCCCCCUAGUACUAGUAAGCCAUUGUUACGGGAGGUAUCACCUUCCCCUCUCCUCUCUGGUUUUGUGGCAUCCUAUAACUAACUGCGUGGUGGUGUUAAUGUCAAGUUAGUGAAUUCCGGGUCGGUUGUCUUCAGGAUCCAAUGUGUCCAAGUGUUGAUGUACACUUGGAAUGUGUCGUUAGCUUUGUGGUGAAGUUCCUCUAGGGAUCUCAAUUCCUCCAUUUGUGUGAACCAGACUCUCGGGGGGGGGGGGACAACCUGUUGUUUCUAAUACUGUGGUAUUAUUAAUUUAGCCGUGUUCAGGAUGCAGAUUGCGAGCAAUUUCUUACACGCUGUUCUAGGGGUUUUAGUGUGGUGUAAGAGCAUGGCUGCUGGGCUGAACGGAAAUGGGUCGUCUGUGAACUUUGCCAGUAUUUGAUGGAUAUCUGACCAGAAUGGGGCUAUCUUUUUGCACUCCCACCAAAUGUGUAAGAGUGUGCCUCUGUCCUCCCCGCAUCUCCAACACUGGGGGGGGGGGUGGGAUGGGAUUUGGGCAUGUAACGUCUCAGGGGUGUGGUACCAUUUAUAUGCCAUUUCCUGUGUCCUGCUGAAGCUAGAGCAGUGAUGUGUUAGAUAGCAAAUUUUCUCCCAUUCCGCCUUGUCUAAGACCUGGCCCAGUGCCGCCUCCCACUUCCCCAUGAACCGUGGUUGGGCAAUUGGUGUGAGUGUUAUUAGUAGGGUGUACAGUACAGAUACUCCGUGUGCUAGUGGGUUGGGGUCCAGGCAUAGAUUCUCGAAAGGGGUAGUGGCCCUAUGUAGUACCGGUCCCUGUGGGAGGGAAGUAAUGUAACUCAGAAUCUGUUUGUAUUUGAGGUGCAUCAGAAAAGUUUGUUCUGUGUUUCCCCUUAGAUCUUUGAGUGUCUUAAUGCCUUCGGUGGUGUGUAUGUGUCUGAGUCUGGGUAAUGGGUCCUGUAUUAGGUCUUUGAACUCUUUCGGGUCCAUUCCCGGCGGGAACUCUGGGUUGUGUAUCAGGGGUAAUAGUGGUGUUGGGUAUGAGGCUAGGCAGUGUCUCCCUUUUGAGCAGUUCCAUUCUCGUAAGGUCGCUCUCGUGUAAGGGGACUGAUUCUCGUCACUCGUCUGGACCCCAGGUGGUAGCCACGGUAGAACUGCGACAGGGACGCCCGCCUCGUGUUCCUCUACCUGCUUCCACUGUUUUUGUGUUCCUGUUUUGGUCCAUUCCAUCAUUCUCAUAAGAUGGCAGGCCCAAUAGUAGAGGUUGAAGUCUGGCAAUGCCAGUCCUCCCCUGUCUUUUGGUUGUGUAAGUAGUGUGUGGCAUAGUCUGGGCUUUUUCCCGUUCCAGACAUAUUUUGUUAGAGCCGUGCGUAGCAUAGUGAAGUACGCUCUGGGGACCGUUAUGGGUAUAGUCUGGAAUAAGUAGAGAAGGCGCGUUCUGCAUUCUGGGACGUUAAUGUUAAGUAUAAAUGAUUUGGUGAGGUUUAUUUUAAAAUUGGAGAGUCUACCGAAGUCCUGAAAUGCUUUCAGUAUAUUGGGGAGAGAUAUUUCUGGAUUAGUUACGUAAAACAAUAAGUCAUCAGCAUAUGCUGCUAUCUUAUGGUGUGUCGUCCCCGUCUGCAGCCCCGUGAUAUCCGGGUUGUUCCUGAUGGCCACCAGCAGGGGCUCCAGGGCAAGGACGAAAAGGAUCGGGGACAAGGGGCAUCCCUGGCGUGUGCCAUUUUGUAUGUCAAACGGCUCCGUCAAGGCUCCGUUGAUGACCACCUGCGCGGAAGGUUGCUGGUAUAGCGCCUCUAUCCAUCCCCUGAUACCAAGGCCCAGACCGAGGUGAGUCAGGGUCUGGAAAAGGUAUUUCCAUCCGACCCUGUCAAAAGCCUUCUCCGCAUCCAUGGAUAGCAGGAGAAGGCCUUCCGUGGCUUGCCGUCUCCCGUGCAUCAGUGUGAGGGUGCGUAUAGUGUUAUCGCGUGCCUCUCUCCCCAUCACAAACCCCACCUGAUCAGGAUGUACCAGGUUGGGCACGUGCGUCUGCAGUCUGGUCGCCAGGAUUUUGGCUAAUAAUUUUAGGUCGCUAUUUAUGAGCGAAAUGGAGCAGUAAUUUCCGCACUGCUCCUUAUCCCUUCCCUCCUUAGGGAGUACUGUGAUGUGCGCUGCCUGGGAUUGCCUAGGGAAGUGGUGUCCUUCUUUGAUGGCGUUGAAUGUCAGUGUGAAUGGGGUGUAUAGUAUAUCUGCGUAUGCCUUAUAAUAGCAGAGCGGCAGGCCUUCCGGGCCCGGGCUUCUGCCGGGUUUUGUUUGUUUCACAGCUGCAGCUAGUUCCUCCUGCGUUAUCUCCCUGUCUAGGAGCUCCGCGGUUUCCCUGUCUAGGGCGGGUAUCGAGUGGGCGCUGAGAUAUUCUGUGAUGGAGUCUGUUAGGCGUAGGUCCGCCCGAGGAGUCUGUGGCCUUGGGAGAGAAUAUAAGUUUGCAUAGUAUGCCCUUAUGACUUCCUGUAUCUUCCGGGGUAGUUUGUGUAGUGUAUUUGUGCCGUCCCUGAUGCGAUCAAUGUAUGUCUGUUGCCGACGUUUGGUCAGCAUGCGCGCCAGCAGCCUGCCGCUCUUAAUGCCGUGCAAGGCAAAGAACGCCUUAUGUCGCAGCGCGUCUCUGUGGUACCUCGACUGGAGUAGUUUGGUGAGAUCUCUGCACAAUGUGAGCAGUUGUCCCCGUAGUUCAGGUGUCUAAUUCCCUUAUUUUCGUCAGUGUGUUGUUCACGGCCGCCUCCCUAUGUUUUUUCAUGUUUGCACUCUUUUGUAGGAAAUGACCUCUGAUCACGCUCUUAUGUGCCUCCAACAUGAUCGUUGGGAGGUGUGGUCCGGUGUAUUUAUGGAGAAAUAUUCUCGGAGGAUUGCUCCGAUGUCAGUUUUUACCUCUGGUACUGAGAGUAGAUAUUCGUUUAGUCACCACUUGGCAACUUUUGGUCUAUAGAGUGGGGACAUUAGUGUGAGUGUUACGGGAGCGUGGUCUGACCAUGUUGCUGUGCCAUGCUCCACCUGUAGAGCGAGUGGUAGAUGAUGGUGCGUGAGUAGGAAGUAAUCUAUUCUGGUAUAUGAGUUGUGCGGAUGUGAGAAGAACGUAUAGUCCCUCUCGUCUGGGUGGUGUGCUCUCCAGCUGUCCACCAGUUUGUAUUUGGAUAUGAGGGUUUUGAGUGCAGUCAAGUGUUGUGCUGGAAUGUGAGAGUUGCCUGUUGAUGUGUCCCAUUUCGGGUCCAGUGCUAGGUUAAGGUCCCCUCCCACCACCAGGAUGACCUCCGCGAAUUCCUGUACCUUACGAAGGAUUCCUGAAAGGAAUCUAUGGUGUCUCUGGUUGGGGGCGUAUAUAUUGGCAAAUGUGUUCAUCUGCCCCGCUAUCGUGCCUUUGACAAGGACAUAUCUGCCCUCCCGGUGUCUGUAGUCUCUGCUCCUGAAAGGGUGUACCCCUAUGUAUUAGUAUCGCCGUUCCCCGUGCCUUCCACCCCUGGUAAUCACUGUAAUAACCUGUGGGAUAGUAGUGAUUAUGCAGCUUCGGUCUUGCCCCCUCCUUAAAGUGUGUCUCUUGAAUGUAUACUAUAAAGGCCCUAGCAGCUUGAAAUUCUUUGAGAGCUGUCGACCGCUUUUUGGGUUUGUUCAGUCCCCUUGCGUUUAUAGUAACUAUCGUGAGGUUAGCUGGUAUUAGCGUCAUGUUUAGUAAAUGUCUGCAGGUCCUAGACCCAGGUUGUCACAGGGUUGGGGCUAAGUUUUGUCAAAAGUGUGCGUAGGGAUGUGUUCUUGGGUGUCCGCCGCCCGGGCGGCGUUAAGGUAUCAGCGUCUAGGUGGCCGUGUAGACCGCCCUUGUAUCUUCGGUGUCUCCCACCUAACUUUGGCGCUUAUCCCUUAUGGGGGUGGAAGGAAUGCCCAGGCCUUUGGUCUGGUCUAUUCAUGCGUGGAUGUACUGGGUGAAUCGUCCUGUGGUUCCUUCCCUGGUUGUACCUUGGACUUGUAUCUAUAUCCUGCGUCUUGCCCUGUGUGACUCCACUUGUGGAUAUGCGUUUAGUGUGCGCCUUCACCUAGAAUGUGUGUGGCAUCGUUACAUCUAUGAAAACGUGAAUGGUGCAACCGUGUGUUCAACUGAGAACCGAACUUCAAAGAGAAAAAAUAUCUAUAUAUAUAUGUAGGCAUACCCGGUUUGUUAUCAUUGCCUCGUGACGUGGUUGCCUUACUGCCCUCCCCUGAAGUGCUGUAUUGCAAUUUGUAAUCCGUUAAGCCCCUAUGAGUGCUUAGAGCUAUGUGUGGCUUCCCACCCAGGUCCUCUUCACCUAGCCUCCCGUCCCGUGGUUUUGCCUCAUUCCCCUCCCCCCCAUGCUCAUGUGUAUGCUUGGCAGGUCCCCCCAUGGCCCACUCCCUGACUGUGCCCGUUACCUCUGCCUCAUCCUGGAUGUCUGGGCGAGACGGACCCCCGCACCCCUGCCUGCUCCAGAUGUGGUCAUCACUGGUCUAUCAUGGGGGGCACGGUGAUCCAUGUCGGCUGUCCUCCAUCCACAUAUACCCCUCACCAGCGCUUACCCUGUGCCUUGCGAGAGGCUUUGGUCUGUUGCCUCCCCCCCCAACAAGUCCUUCUUAACAUAUAAUCGUCCUUAUUGGUAGGCUGCGUGUGAUUAGUCUCUCGGACCAAGCGGUCCCCGGAGUAUUAUACUUGCGUGUACUCCGUGAGCUUGUGUUAGUCCUCGUGUUCCUGGGACGGGCUCCGCUAAAUGAUCCUCGGUGGGUGAGGAAGGUGUCUCUUUGAGGCUUGGCUGGGUACUUAUAAUUCCCUUUUCUCCACUCAGAGGCCCCUUGGGCCGAUCGCCUGUUGGCGGGAGGUCCGCGGGAUCUGGGUGUCUGCUGUACGAGUCCCCGGUCCUGGAACAGGUGUGUAUAGGGACAGGGGAUCCUGCCACUGCAGCGGAGCCGGGGUGAUUUGCAGCUCCCUCCCGAGAGCGGCCAUAUCAGCCUCUGUCUUCACUAGGUAUGAGCCUUUGGGUGUAUGGACCAGCAGCCCUGUCGGGAAGCACCAGUGGUACUUAAUUCUGUUCGCCUGCAGCUGUCUGGUGAACGGGCGCAGGGCCUGUCGGUACGCCAAGGUUGCGGGAGAGAGAUCCGGGUAUAGUUGGAUCUCGGUAGUGCCCAGGUGCACCUUACCCUCCUCUCUCGCCCUCCUCAGUAUUUCUUCCUUCUGCUGGAAAUUUGCCAAACCGCAAUUGGCGUCUCUUGGUUGACUACCCGGGGGGCCCUGCGGUCUGAGGGCCCGGUGUGCUCUCACCAACUCCAGUGGCUCUCGCGGUGCGCGGCCCUGCAACUGGUUAAAAACCUUUUGUAGAGUAGUCUGUAUCGGGGAGUCUUCAUCUACUUCCUCCGGGAUCCCUCUGACCCUGAUGUUCUGCCUCCUCCCCCUGUUGUCGAGGUCCUCUAAGUGAUGUGCCAUCUGUUGCAUCUGCUGGGUGGCCCGCCUCAGGAUCCCAGUGUUGGCGGACUGCGCCGCUUGCAUGUGGUCGUUGUUCGUCUCGAGUUGGGAGAUCCUCUGGCUUAGGCCGCAGCAUUCCUCCCGCAUGGCCUGCAGUUCUUCCGUGAUGGAGGUGCGGAGGCUGUUGUUUGCCUGCAGUAAGUCUGCUUUGGUAGGCAGGUUACGGAGGAUGUGUAUUAAUUCCGGGUGUGAGUCGGUGGGGUAUAGUGUAGGUGUCUCGGCCAGGGCUUACACAAUUCCUCGCCACACAGGGAGGGCGAUGCUCCCCCGCCCGAGGCCGUCGAGUCAUCUGAGGCCUGUGCCUCCCGGUCCGCCGGUGUCGCGAAGAAGCGCUGCAUGGACAGGGUUGCGCUCCCCCUCGGGGUGUUCGUGGGCUUUGGGGUUUGUGAUGCCCGUUGUGAUUUGCCCAUUUUCAGGGCAAUUAGGUGCUGUAGGCGAUAUUGUGCUUGGAGCCUUGCAGGGAGCUCAGACUUCACGCUGCCAUCUUCCUUGGCUUCUAAGCCACGCCCCGGCUUUUCCUUAUCAUUGUGUCUCUUUCUGUAUCCCUUGACCUCAGCUAUUCCUGACUAUUCUUUGGUACAUUAGUCUAGCCAUUCUAAGGUCCGGUAUACGUUACCUAUCAGUCCUCUGUAUUACACAAUUUUACGUACUGGAUCAUUCUGUAAUCCUGACAUUACGACAGGGCCAUAGAUCCUGUAGAAUUGUGUAAGCACAUAGCUGCUUGUGAAAGGAAACUGGAGGAUAAUGAUCACCGCAUGGAUCAAUUUGCCCAGGCCUUCAGUACGCUUCUUACCCGAACAGCGCAUCUGCAACCUGCGGCCUCACCUCCACCUUGUGUACCUCCAGCUAUAGUACACACAGCACCUAAGGGAGCAGUCUAUGCUCUAUCUCCUCAGGAGAGUAGUGUAAUGGAGGAAUAUAUAAAAGAUUCAUUGAAUAAAGGCCAUAUACGAAAAUCAUCCUCACCUGCUGGUGCAGGAUUCAUUUUUGUAUCUAAAAAGGAUGGUGAGUUGUGCCCAUGUAUCGAUUACAGGGCAUUGAACAAAAUCACCAUUAAGAACGCCUACCCCAUUCCUCUUAUUGCUGAAUUAUUUGACAGACUCCAGGCGCUAAAGUGUUUACUAAGCUUGACCUUAGAAGAGCUUACAAUUUAGUGAGAAUCAAGCAUAACCACGAAUGGAAGACUGCAUUUAAUAUCAGAAGUGGACACUAUGAAUAUCUAGUGAUGCCAUUCGGGUUGUGCAAUGCUCCAGAGGUUUUCCAAGAUUUCAUUAACAAUGUACUCAGGGAUUACAUUUACUCGUUUGUCUUGGUCUAUCUGGAUGAUAUCCUUAUUUAUUCUCCUGACCUCCAGUCUCACCACGAUCACGUUAAACAAGUUCUGCAAACCUUAUUUAAAAAACAACUUUAUUGUAAAUUGGAAAAAUGUAUCUUUGACCAGUCUGAAGUACAGUUUUUAGGAUAUAAUAUUUCUGCCUCGGGGUUUCAGAUGGAUUCUAAAAAAAUAGAGUCUGUUCUACAGUGGCCUUUACCCACUGCGUUGAAAGCCAUUCAAAGGUUCAUUGGUUUCGCCAAUUAUUACAGAAGAUUUAUAAAGGGAUUUUCUUCAGUAAUAGCCCCCAUCACCAAUAUGACACGCAAGGGGGCUAGUAGUACGAUAUGAUCUAAGGAGCCAAUUGAAGCCAGAGGGAGAGCCAGGAAACUCUGUUACAUCCUUGUGGUUACUCUUCUAGAAAGUUGUCUCCUGCUGAGCGCAAUUAUGAUAUUGGCAAUAGAGAAUUGUUGGCCAUUAUUCUAGCUCUCAAGGAGUGGCGACAUCUUCUAGAGGGUUCCAAGGACCCCCUUUUGAUCACAAAAACCUGGCUUACAUAGGAGAUGCUAAGCGAUUAUCUUCUAGACAAGCGAGAUGGUCUCUAUUUCUUUCUCGCUUUAAUUUUCUUAUCACCUACAGACCUGGUUCUAAAAAUGUCCAGGCAGUUUGAUACUGAGGCUAUACUAGAGCAAGAUACGUCCCAUAUCAUUCCCCCGGAAUGUAUCAUUGCGUCCACUGUCCUUUCAUUGUCCUCUCCACUGCUUGGCUCCAUCAUGGAGGCUCAGUCUCAGGCGCCUUGCGGUAAACCUCAGGACAAACUGUUUGUUCCAUUGGGGGAAAGGGUUAAUAUCAUGAAGGUGUUUCAUGACAAUGUGUCUGCUGGUCACCCAGGUAUUAAUAAAUCCACUUCUGCUAUCAUGAGGUCAUUCUGGUGGGAUUCCCUCAGGAAGGAUGUUAAGGAAUAUGUGCAGGCUUGUUCUGUUUGUGCGGUUUCCAAAGUGCCUCAUAAACUCCCUUGUGGCUUGUUACAACCUCUUCCUAUUCCUGAGGUCCCAUGGUCCCACUUGUCCAUGGACUUCAUUGUUGAACUUCCUAGUUCUAACGGUUAUACCACCAUUCUCAUGGUUGUAACCGUUUUUCUAAAAUGGCUCAUUUUAUUCCUCUCAAGAAAUUACCGUCAUCUCAAGACCUGGUACUGAUCUUUAUACGUGAGAUUGUCCGUCUGCAUGGCAUUCCUCACAAUAUUGUAUCUGAUAGAGGUUCUCAGUUUGUAUCCCGGUUUUGGAGGGCUUUUAAUAAGCAAUUGGAUUGAAUUGUCUUUUUCAUCCUCUUACCACCCCCAGACUGGCCGUACAGCUGAGAGGGCUAACCAGUCUUUGGAGUUAUACUUGCGUUGUUUUGUUAAUAGCACUCAAGACAAUUGGUCCGAAUUAUUACCAUGGGCCGAGUUUGCUAGGAACAAUGCUGGUCAUGAUUCCUCUGGGCAUAGUCCAUUUUUUGUUAAUAAUGGCCGGCAUCCUACUGUCCUACCGGCUGUUUCUUUCUGAUACGGCUAUUCCUGCUUUGGAUGACCAUCUGGCUUCCAUCCGUGAUACCUGGGUUAAAGUUCAAUCUGCUCUGGGUACUGCUGCUGACCGUUUCAAGCAUUAUGCUGAUACACGUCGAGGUGCCAAUCGUGUUUACCAAGUGGGUGAGAGGGUUUGGUUAUCUUCUCGUAACAUCAUGCUCAAAGUCCCUAGCAUUAAAUUUGCUCCUAGGUUCCUUGGACCUUUUCGUGUCCUUCGUAGGAUCAAUCCUGUUGCAUACUCCCUGGCCCUUCCGGCCUCCUUGAAAAUUCCUAAUACCUUUCAUGUGUGCUUGCUCAAACCUCUUGUUUGCAAUAAAUAUACUGUUUCAAGUGUCCCUCAUCCUCCCUUAGUUGUUUCUGGACAGGAAGAGUAUGAGGUCUCCUCCAUAAUUGAUUCCAGGUUUUCUCGGGACACUUUACAGUACUUGGUGGAUUGGAAAGGUUAUGGACCAGCUGAUCGUUCUUGGGUUCCGGCAUCUGAUAUACAUGCUGGCCACAAGAUUCGCUAUUUUCAGGCCAAAUUUCCUCUCAAGCCUGGUCCUGCCCGCCCGGUGGGCGUUCUUCAAGUGGGGGGUAAUAUCACGUAUUCAUCCGCUUAUAGAAAUGUGGUUAAUGGCAUUUACUGUCCCCACAUGAAAAGUUGUGCUGAGCAGCAACCAAAUCCACAGAAGGGUUAAUGCUGAGCAGCAAUUAUGCAAAUGGAAACCUGGUAAGUGCCUUUGGGGUCAAAGGUCGGUUACAGCCUAUCAGAUCUAGAGGAGGGGUAUUUAGGCCAAGUUCUCAUCCUGCUCAGUGCCCUGUCGUGGUUUCCCUUGUGGUUGUCUGAGAGCGCGUUAUUGAUUUUGGUUAUUCUGGUUAUUUGACUUUGGCAUUGUUUUUGACUUCCGUGUUUUUUGGCAUCCCUGACUCCUGACUUUUCCUUAACGUUGUGUCUCUUUCUGUAUCCCUUGACCUCGGCUAUUCCUGACUAUUCUUUGGUACGUUAGUCCGGCCAUUCUACGUUACCUAUCAGUCCUCUGUGUUACACAAUUCUACGUGCUGGAUCAUUCUGUAAUCCUGACACUAAGCUAGUGAACCUAGCUAUUUCAGAGCCUGGACCCCAGGCAAAAGCCCUCCUGUUUGGAGAUCAUUUUGUUAAAGAGGUAGGCACGUAUGUAGGCACCUUUACAGCACUUGAUAAAGCUCAAGCCAGCAUGAAACGAGUGUUCCACCAGAGAGUUUUUGGCGGGGCCGGCAGAUAUCGGGGCCGUCUGCCCGGCCGCUCAUCCCGUGGUUCAAACCGGGGCUAUCUAGGCCCCAUACAGUCCAGGCUUACAACACCUCAGUCCAGAACUACCACACCGUUCUUCCCAGUCUGGGGCAGACCACGGCAGUCUCGGGGACCCAGAGGUUCUUCCUAUGGCCGACGACCUUAUGUUAAGUCCAAUGCCUCUGCAUCUGGCCUCAUUAACUAUGGUGGGGGGCAGACUGUGUCACUUUGUCAAUGCAUGAUGCAUGCUCACUGCAGAUGCCUGGAUCCUUCACACUGUCCAGGGUCACUCUAUAGAUUUUGUACGCUACCCUGUUCAAAUGCAGCACCCCAACUGCAUGGUGUUCCCCACUCACGAUCAAUAUCUGAUAUCGCAAGAAGUUCAGACCUUAGCCUCCAAAAGGUGCAAUUUCCGCAGUUCACCCUCUCACACCAGGUUUCUUAAGCAACCUCUUCUUGGUCCCCAAAAAACGUGGAGGCGUUCGUCCAGUCAUCAACCUACGACCCCAAACAUGUUUGUCACAUACCAUCACUUCAAGAUGGAAGGUAUACACUCUCUCCGAGAUCUCCUGCUUACAGGGGACAGGAUGGUCACGCUUGACUUGAAGGACGCGUACCUCACGGUUCCAAUGGCCGAAGACUGACAAAAGUUCCUACAAUUCCAAUGGAAAGAAACCAUAUGGCGAUUCAAAUGCCUACCUUUCGGCCUCUCAUCGGCUUCACAAAGCUCAUGAAACCAGUGGUCGCCCUCCUACGCAGCAGAGGAGUUUGACUCAUAAUAUACUUGGGCAAUAUCCUCAUAAUGGCGCAGGACCCUCAUCUGCUCCACGAACAUUUUUCCUGGACGAGGAUUCUACUAGAAAACCUGGGUUUUCUAAUCAACUGGGAGAAGUCGGUCACCAAACCCUCUCAAUCAAAAGAAUUCCUAGGAUUCACCAUAGAUGCUGUGAACGGAGCACUCCUACUCCCAACAGCCAAAGUCAAAUCCAUCAAAAAGGAAAUCAGGCAGACGUUAGCACAUCCUGUUCUUACCUUGAGACAACUGGCCAGGAUUGUCGGCCUCCUCUCAGCGUCAAUCCAAGCCAUAUUCCCUGGCCCUCUGCAUUACAGAGCACUUCAACGACUGAAGGCCAAAUACCUUUGCUUGGUAUACUCGCCUCCGAGUCCUUUAUAAGAUCAUGACUUUACGUCAUGAAAUUAGUAAAAUCUGGUAAUUCCUUGAAACAAACCUCCUAGGUACUUCCUACAUCAACAUUUGUAAUUUUCAGCUAAAAGGCAAAACCUCUAAUAAGACAGAAAGGAGUACUUGUACGGACCCAUACAAAUGAAUGCAUAAUUAGAUUCACUUGCACAGUGCGGCUGGUACAAAGACCAUUCAUUUUCACAAGAUUCCCUGUGUCUUUAGAGCUCACACACCUAAAAUAUCAGUGAGCCACCACCAUGCUUCAUAGUAGGGGUGGUAUUCUUUUCACACUAGGCCUUGUUAACCCCUCUCCAAACAUAGCGCUUAUGGUUGUGACCAUAAAGUUCUAUUUUGGUCUCGUCACUCCAAAUUCACUCCAGAAGCUGUGUGGCAUGUUAAGGUGUUGUUGGGCAUAUUGUAACUGGGCUUUUUUGUGGCAUUGGUACAGUAAAGGCUUCUUUCUGGCAACUCCACCAUGCAGCUAAUUUUGUUUAAGUAUCGUUGUAUUGUGCUUCUUGAAACAAGUCUUUUUCCAGAUCAGCCUGUAUUUCUCCUGAGUUUACCUGGAGAAUCCCUUUGAAUCCCGAACAAUAUUUCUGGCAGUUGUGACUAAAAUCUUUCUUGGUCUACCUGACCUGGGCUUCGUAUUAACAAAUCCCCGAAUUUUCUUAAUAAGUGAUUGGAUUGAACAGUACUGACAGGCAUUUUCAAGGCUUUGGAUAUCUUUUCAUAUCAUUUUCCAUCUUUAUAAAGUUCCACUACCUUGUUACACAGAUCUUUUGAGACUUUUUUUCUGCUCAGUAUCUAGCCUGCUCAGUGCAACCACGUGAGAUCUAACAAACUAAUUGGCUAUUUAUACACAGACACUAAUUGCAAUUUAAAAAGCAACACGUGUGGGAAAUGAACCCUUAAUCGCCAGUUUGUGUCACCUUGUGUGUCUGUAACAAGGCCUAACAUGCAAGGGCAUGUAAACUUUUGAUCAGAGCCAUUUGGGCGAUUUCUGCUAUCAUUAUGAUUUAAAAAGGAGUCAAACAACUUUUUGAUAAUAAAUGGCUUCAUAUGAUCACUAUCCUUCAAUAAAUAAAAAAAUUUUGCAUCAGUCAUAUUUUCUAAAUCAAUGCCAACAUUUCUCAAUUUCUGCCAGGUAUGCAAACUUUUGAGCACAGCUGUAUGUGUGUAUGUAUAUAUAUAUAUAUAUAUAUAUAUAUAUAUAUAUAUAUAUACACAGUACAAUGAAGGGGUACAUUGAAGAAACUGACCUUGGGGUGCAAGGAAGGUAAAUCCAGUCCUGCUCCUGCCUGUGACAUAAACUGCCUUCCUACACAUUUUCUGUUAAGAGAGAUCUUAUUUCUAAACGUACUUUAUUGCAGUGUGUCUAAUUUAGAAUUUCUCCUGCUCUGUUAAUAAUCAACUAGAGCCUGCAGGAACCUUGUGUGUAAUCGUAGCUUUACUCUCUACGCAAUUAGUGUUUGGAAGUGGUCAAGGUGCCUGAACUAUGUAUGUGCAGCAUUUCACUGCAGGCUAGUGUUAAUUCUGUGCAUAUUUCUAUGCACAGAGGGUCGUUCAUUGGCUUAGACCAAUCAACCGAUAAGCUGAUCAACUCGCAGCAAAUGAAUGAUUGGCAGGAUGUGCAUUCAGCUUCUGCAGAAGCUGGAUUUUAUAAACCUGCGCACAGAGGUGACUGGGCACCAGACAGUGACUCAUGAGAACAUUUCCAGAGAACAGCACAGGGUAAUUCUACCAUCACAUCCACUACAGCAGCUAUAGUGGUUACAAUUGGAGUAACUCUUUAAAGUUCUUUUUAACAAUGCAGAAGUAAGGAUUUCUAUAGUAAACACAAUGUACUGUAAGAUCUGAUUUGAAAUUAAACAAUUUUUUUCAUGUAAAGCUGCAUAAACAGAAAUAAAAGUUGAUUUAAAGUGGAACUGUUACUUUUCAGUAUUCGUAAAGAUAUUUUCAAGCCUUGGUUGGAAUUUCAUUAAAAUUCUAGCACAAUCCAGAGAUACCAUAAGACAUAGUAGGGACUACUUAGUCUUAUGGUAGAUCCUGAGGUAGACAAACAUUGACAAAAGGCAGAACUCCACCAUCAACUUUUGUCUAAUCCCAGCAGCUGGCACAAAUAAUGGCUGUGGAAUCAUGCUCUUUCUAUAAAGGAUCCGGCAGGCUUCACUGUGGACCUCAGUGUUGUAUUCUCAUGCAUGCGUGAGAGGACAUAAUUGACUUGGCAACUGGCAACUAAAGAGCUAGGAGUCGAGAGGAGGACAGCAGCCUGCAAAUGUCAGUGGCCACAAGGGACAUACUGAGGUAAGAUAAACGCCCAUGCACCCCGUGGCCUUUGAACCCUCAUUGGAUCUGUCAAUUUCAGGGAUUUUUGCAAUAUAUGUAAAGACUCCCAAAAGUGACAGAUCUGCUUUAACACCCAAACGGCAAUGAGACUGCAGGGGCAUGGUAUAUACACCAAACAGUUUAAUUUAGUUAAAUUUUAGUCUAAAGUUGUUUUAGUGCUUAGGAUAUACCUUUAAGUAACAUAUUUUUAACAGGUCAGGCCAUGAUUGAGAUCUAAGUUUCAAAUUUAUAAGUGUGGUGUGAAUCCAAUUACAAUUGGUUCCAGGUAGAGAAUAAAAUUAAAGGGACACUACAGUCACCAGGACAACUACAGCUUAUUGUAUUUGUUCUGGUGAGUAGAAUCAUUACCUUUUCAGAGAAAAUGCAGUGUUUACAUUACAGCCUAGUGAUAACUUCACUGGCCACUCCUCAGAUGGCUGUUAGAGAUCCUUCCUGGGUCAUGGCUGCCUAAAAUGCAUCCAAACAUUCAGUAUCUCCUCCCUCUGCAUGCAGACACUGAACUUUCCUCAUAGAGAUUAAUUGAUUCAAUUCAUCUCUAUGAGGAGAUGCUGAUUGGCCAGGGCUGUGGAUGAAUCAUGCUGGCUCUGCCCCUGAUCUGCCGCUUUGUCAGUCUCAGCCAAUCCUAUGGGGAAGGAUUGUGAUUGGAUCAGGAAACAGGGACAAAAUAAGCAGCUUCAGACUUGAAUAAAAGUAAGAUUUUAUAUCUAAAUAUCUAAAUGUAGGGAAGCAUGAGGGGCCCCGAUGGUGGUUUUAACACUAUAGGGUCAGGAAUACAUGUUUGUGUUCCUGACCCUAUAGUGAUCCUUUAAAUCAGAGCAAGUAUUGCAAACAAAGAUUAACCCUUUAUAGGCUGGUCUGUUUAUUAACCACGUACGGACAGCAUGAUGGUCUUUGCCAUCAUGCAGUGUAGGGCUUUAAUGCCUGUUGACGGCAUGGACUGUCAUGCAACAAAAGUACAAGCAGGAGUUAACCAUGCAGGUACCAAGGAUCCCCAGGUAUCACGGGCACAUAAUGUUUAAAUUGAUCUGAUAGCGUAUGGUUCCUUCUUUCACCCAGGGCCAAAUUUAGUGAUCCCAGAAUUACAGAUAAGCUAUUUGCAGCACUCAGCACUCCUUUCCUAUGGGGUUUUGGGUGAUGCUGGAUGUCCCCAUGUGACGGUAGUAUAUGGUAUCACCGUCAAGCAUUCCCUUCUUCCCAUAAAAGAAAAUCACCCAAUACUCCACAAGAAGAAAUAUCCCUGGUAUCGCCGAAUAAUCCACACAUGAGCCAAAGCUUAAUGCUGGAACAAGAUUGAUUUACUGGAAGCAACAGGCAUUCAAUUUAAACAGUAACAAACUCCUCCAGGCUAGAUAAUUGAGUUUCAGCAAUACACAAAGCUCAAUUAUAUGCUGGCCAGAAGCAUUAUAGUUUUUAACAAUUUCAGAAAAGUACUUUUUAUAAUACAUACAACUAUAAUUUUAACAUCCCUGGGUAGCUGAGAAUACUGGUAGUCACAUAUCCAAAUCUCACGAAUUUCCGUUCGGUAGUUUCCGUGUCGCAUCGUGUAGAAGUUUGACCGGCUCGCCAUGUGGGGGUAUCCGAGUUAGAGUUCCAUAAAAUCAGUAGCAAGAGCCGGUCUCUGUUCGCGUCUAACUACACGAAAACCACCGUUCGUAUGGUGCAGCUGGAUACAUGCGAAUGCUCCCCUCGUUCGGUAGAUUCUAUCUACCGAAUGCCAGUUUGAUUCGUGGAGGGGAACGUAUUCAUCUAGGACUUCCAUGAAGACCGGGCGUUCGCAUGUUUGCCUUGCCGAAAAUAGUUCCAGGCCAUUCAUGCGUAUGCCCCGCUGACCGCAUUCGUGAGACCAGAGGAUUGUGAUCGGUAAUAAGGGUGAAGGCCCGGCCAUAGAGGUAGGGGGUGAGUUUUUUGAGCGCCCAGACCAAUGCCAGACACUCUGUUUCAAUAGUUGCAUAACUGACUUCCCUUGGCAACAGCUUUCGACUCAGGUAGGCCACCGGGUGUUCUCCUCCAUCCUCUCCGAUCCGGCUCAAUACUGCCCCCAGUCCAAACAUUGAAGCGUCUGUGUGGACAAUAAAUCUUUUGUUAGGAUCUUGGGUAACUAACACCGGAGCCUUAACUAGAGCAUUCUUUAACGCUUGGAAAGCCACCUCGCAUUCCGGGGACCACAGGACUUGUUGGGUAACUUCUUCUUGGUCAAGUCUGUCAGGGGUUUGGCCAGGGUGCUAUAGUCUGGUACAAAGCGUCUGUAGUAGCCGGCUGUUCCCAAGAAAGCCAUGACUUGUGUCUUGGUGUGGGGAGUGGGCCAAAUGGCAACGGCCUCGAUCUUAGCCGGCUCCGGCCGUUGUUUACCACACCCUACUCGGUGACCCAAAUAUUGUACCUCCACCAUACCCAAAUGACACUUGUCCGGUUUCAAGGUUAACCCGGCCCCCCUGAUCCUAUCUAAUACUAUCCCUACGUGUUCCAGGUGUGCCUCCCAGGUAUCGCUAUAGAUGGCGAUAUCAUCUAGGUAGGCACACGCGUAGUCCUGGAGACCUCCCAACAAAUGGUCCACCAUCUGUUGGAAGGUGACCGGGGCGUUCUUCAUCCCGAAUGGCAUAACCCGGAAUUGGUAUAGGCCGAACGGGGUGAUGAAGGCUGAUGUGGGUAUGGCAUCUUCUGCCAGGGGGAUCUUCCAAUAUCCCUUACAUAGGUCAAUUGUGGUCAGAUACUUCCCUACAGAGAUACAGUCAAGCAGUUCGUCCAUCCGGGGCAUCGGAUAGGCGUCGGUGACUGUCUUGUCAUUGAGCCACCUGUAAUCUACACAGAAGCGGGUUGUCCCGUCCUUCUUUGGUACUAAGACCACCGGUGAGGCCCAAGGACUGUUGGAGUGUUCUAUUACCCCUAGUCAAAGCAUUUCGUCAAUUAACUUCCGCAUCCCUUCUCGGACUGCUUACGGAAUACGGUAGGGGGGCUGCCUCAGGGGCGCUUGCCCGGGAGUUUCUACUUUGUGGAAGGCUAGGGAUGUGUACCCAGGCUCCUGGGAGAACGUGGCCUGUUUGGUUUCUAGCAAGCGGAUAGCUUGUGCCCUCUCUUGGGGUUCCAGCUGUUCGCCUAGCUGAACUUUCUCUAUCUGCCUCGUCCCUUCGUUACUGCCCAAUAAGUCGGGAAGAGGCAGAGCUUCAGUGUCUUCCCCUGCUGGCGCACAGAUAGCGGUCACCUCCUCAGCCCUCUCAUGGUAUGCUUUAAGCAUGUUGAUGUGAAAGGUUCGUUUCACAUCUUCAUCCUCGCAGCUGGUUAUGGUGUAAGUAGUAUCGCAUAUCUGCCCUAUAACCUUAUAGGGACCUUGCCAGGCGGCCUGGAGCUUGUCAGUUCGGACUGGUCUUAGCACCAUGACCUUUUGCCCAAUCUGAAAGCUCCGGUACCUAGCCCGUCAGUCAUACCACACUUUCUGGCGCUGCUGGGCCGCAUGGAGGUUUUCCUGCACAGUCUGGGCUAAUUCCUCCAUGCGGUCCCGCAGUUCCAGCACGUAAGGCACAACCGGGGUCCCCUCUAUCUCGGUCUGCCCCUCCCACUGGUCCUUGAUAAGAUCUAAGGGCCCCCUCACCCGUCUCCCAUAGAGUAGUUCGAAGGGUGAGAACCCGGUUGAUUCCUGCGGCACCUCUCGGUAUGCAAAGAGAAGGUGUGGCAGGAAUCGCUCCCAAUCCUUAUAAGCUCCCGUGAACGACUUCAACAUUUGCUUUAGUGUCCCGUGAAGCGUUCACACAGGCCAUUAGUCUGGGGGUGGUAUGGGGAACUAGUCAGGGAUUUAACUCCGCAGACUUUCCAUAUCUGCUGGGUCACCUCGGCCGUGAACUGCGUACCUUGGUCGGACAGGACUUCUUUGGAAAAGCCCACUCGGGAGAAUAUCUUGACCAGGGCAUCAGCCACUGUCUCAGCCUGGAUAUUAGAAAGGGCCACAGCUUCGGGAUAACGGGUAGCGUAAUCUACCACACUGAGAAUAUAACGUCUACCGGAGCUGCUAGGCUGGGCCAGGGGUCCUAUGAUGUCUACGGCUACCCUCGUGAACGGUUCCUCUAUUAUUGGCAUAGAAACCAGUUUAGCUUCAAGGUGGUCUCCUUUUUUACCUAUCCUUUGACACACCUCGCACGUCUGGCAAUACGCCCGGACAUCGUCGGAUACCCCAGGCCAGAAGAAGUUCUGGGUUACCCGAUAUAACGUCCUGCGUAUCCCCAGGUGUCCCGCUAAGGGAACAUCAUGCCCAAUCCUUAAUAACUCCUGCCGGUAUUUCCGUGGAACUACCAGCUGGCGUUUUUGCCGGGGUCCGGGUGCGUUGACCCGUGUUUCGGUGAGCCUGUAUAAAUGGCCCUUUUCCCAGAUAAACUGCUCCUUCUCUAACCCCCCGUCCUUUCCUAGCUUUCUCUCUGUACUUUCUGAGGGAAGGGUCUCCGGCUACUUCCCUCCCAAAGUCCUCUGGGGUAUCCCAGGGAAGAGGUGCUACAGUCAGGGGUAGGUCGGGUUGGCUUACCUGGGUCUCUGUAGGAUGCGGAUGGCUCUCGGCAGCGCGACUUUGUGCUCUGGUGGUUACUGCAUGGGCCUCUUGGGGGGUUGUUGAGGCAAAUGCCGAAGUUAAAGGACCAAUAUCAUUGCCCAACACGACUUCGGAAGGUAGCUCUUUCAUCUCGCCCACUUGAACGUUGCCAGCUCCCACACCCCAGUCCAGAUGCACUUGAGCGGUAGGAAUGCGAUACACUGCCCCCCCGCCACUCUCACAGCAAUAGAUUUCCCCGGCUUUUCCGACGCGUUGAUGAGAUAUUGUUGCACUAGGGUGAUGGUAGCGCCACUGUCUCUUAGCCCCCGUGCUGUCUUUCCGUUGACCAUUACCAGCUGACAAUGGUGUUUCCUAUUGUCUGUUAUGGUGGAUUGGACCAGGAGUGCUUCAUAAAGAGUGCCCAAUGGUUCUUCCUGACUCAGCUCCUUGGGGUCCCAGGCAGAUGGUACUGUAUAGUCCACACAAUGGGCUGCUGCCGGGAGUUGAUGAAAACCAGGUCGAGUCCAAUUAGACCUGGCGGCGGUGUCCAUGGGGCAAUUGUGCUUGAAGUGACCCAGUUGUUUGCAACGGAAGCAACGUAGUUCGUUGUCAGCCUGUCGUGGGUAGCGAGGGUUAGAAGCUAACGAUCGGCUGGGGGGUUGGUACCUGGUCACUGGUGGGUUUGUCGGUACCGUUGGUCGCGGAGGCUGAACCCGUGUUGCGACCCGUGUGGUCUUGCGAGUAUUCCAUACUCAUCUGCUGACUUGGCGGCCUCUGGUAGAGACAGGGGUCUGCGGUCUCUCACCCAGUCUUUAACAUCUGCCUGGAUAUGGUCGUAGAACUGUUCCAGGAGUAUUAGUUGUAAAAUAUCAUCCGCGGUGUUGGCUUGGUUACUGUUGACCCAGUUAGAUGCCGACAGGUAUAACUGGCAGGCCCAUUCCGCAUAGGAAUCCUUGUCCGUUUAUGUGAGUCUCUGAACUUUUGUCUGUAUGAUUCCGGGGUUACCACAUAACGAGCCAGGAGCGCUUCUUUAACCCUGGCGUAGCUGUGCAUCUCCUGUUCUGGUACGGCCCGGAAAGCAUCAGCGGCUUUGCCUGACAACUUUCCUGCCAAUAUCGAAACCCAUUCGUCCGCAGCUACUCGGUGUAGGUUACAAUGUCGCUCAAAAUCUGCUAAAUAAUUGUCAAUCUCGCAGUCCUUCUCAUUGAAAGCUUUAAAAGCGCUAAAAGGAAUUUUCCUUGUGUCUGCUAUGCUGUACUCACUGCUUGGGGAGUUUGCUGCUGCCCGCUGGACCUCUGUCAAUUUCAGUCACAGCUUUGUUUCUCUCUUUUGUUUAGCCUCUUCUGCUAUAAUGUUCAUUACUUUUAGAACAAUGUCAGCCGUCGGGUUCGGACCGAACCAUGCUAGUCUCUCCCGCAUCUCCUUGUUGGUUGGUGAUUCAUCCUCCCGAAUCACCGUUGUCUCCAUCUCCUGAACAGUCGGCGUUGCUGCAACCAAGUUCUCUCGGUCUAGCUCCAUUAACUCAGCAAUAAUGACCCGCUUGGUUUUGUUGCUAGCAAUCCUUCCACGAACUUCCAGUAGUUCUUUUAGCGUGUUUCUUUUAAGCAGGGUGUACCAGCCUUCCAUUCAUUCCCAGUGUCUGCUUGGAAUCUUGGUGCAAGGGAAAACAGAAGGGAAAAUCCCACCUCUGCCAUCAGUUGUGACGGUAGUAUAUGGUAUCACCGUCAAGCAUUCCCUUCUUCCCAUAAAAGAAAAUCACCCAAUACUCCACAAGAAGAAAUAUCCCUGGUAUCGCCGAAUAAUCCACACCUGAGCCAAAGCUUAAUGCUGGAACAAGACUGAUUUACUGGAAGCAACAGGCAUUCAAUUUAAACAGUAACAAACUCCUCCUCUGGGCCAGGUUAGAUAAUUGAGUUUCAGCAAUACACAAAGCUCAAUUAUCUGCUGGCCAGAAACAUUAUAAUUUUUAACAAUUUCAGAAAAGUACUUUUUAUACUACAUACAACUAUAAUUUUUAACAUCCCUAGGUAGCUGAGGAUACUUGUAGUCACAUAUCCAAAUCUCACGAAUUUCCGUUUGGUAGUUCCAUAAAAUCAGUAGCAAGAGCCGGUCUCUGGUCGCGUCUAACUACACGAAAACCACAGUUUGUAUGGUGCAGCUGGAUACAUGCGAAUGCUCCCCUCGUUCAGUAGAUUCUAUCUAUCGAAUGCCAGUUUGAUUCGUGGAGGGAAACGUAUUCAUCCAGGACUUCCAUGAAGACCGGGCGUUUGCAUGUUUGCCUUGCCGAAAAUAGUUCCAGGCCAUUCAUGCAUACACCCCGCUGACCGCAUUCGUGAGUUUUAAGAUGGCCGCCAUCCUUUGUUCUCGCCACGGCCACCUAGGAGCAAUUAAGUUGCGGUUUUCUCCCCGUUCUAAUGCUGAUUGCUACCCAGGGUAGCUGGUCUCUCGUUCGGUAGACGAAUACAAUUAUUCAAUACAUACUUAAACAACCUAUUACAAGUAUUUGAACAGCAGGGAGAAGGUACAACUGAAGGCAUACACGUAAGUACAUGAAAUCUUUCACACCCCAUACAUAGUUAGGAGGCCCGGAAGUGCCUCUAGUGGCUGUCUGGUAGGCAGCCACUAGAGAUGGAGUUAACCCUAGUAGGUAAUUAUUGCAGUUUAUUAAAAAUUACGAAUAAUUACCUUUCCAGGGUUAAAGGACCUGCUACACUGCGCCCAGACCACUUCUGUGAGAUGAAGUGAGAUGAAGUGGUCUGGGUGCCUGUAGUGUCCCAUUAUAGUUAAAUUUUGGUGAUAAAAGUGCUUUAUGUUUGGUCAGCGUCAACUUCCCCUCCUCACUUUUCUAUUUUGUGACUAUGUAGGAGGCACUAUCCAUACACUAUAGCUAAUAAUCACUUUUGAAUUAAGCACUUACAAUAAUAGUUUACAGGACUAUAUUCAGCUCUGUAAAUUUACUUCUUUCAUCCAGAAAUUUUAUAUAUUUAUUUUUUACUUGUGUUUCCACAGCAAGAAGUUGUUAUGCCUCCAGAAAAAAAUGGUGGAUGUGGCAACCCAGCCUACUGAUAUCACAGAACUGCGUGGUAACUAAACAACCAACAGGCCUCCACAACUACGCAACAUCAAUCUGUCAAUCAUCCAUCCUCCCAGCCAAUCAUCGCUCGCUUUUUUUUAUUUUUAUUGGCCGUACCCAUGAACAAAACAACGUAUCAGGUGCUGUUGUCAGACGCUUCUAACUGGUUCACACAUUCGUUGAAACGUCCUUCCAUGCAGUUUGUAUAAAAAACUGUUUGUGAAUGGUCGCUCGCUACGUCAAUCAGAUUAAGGUCGCAACAUUCUUACUGAUGAUUGGCUACUCUUCCAAUCCAUCACUUGGAAGGGCUUUCGUUCAUUGGUCGUUAGCUACGUCACUCAGAGAAGGACAGUGAACGAUUGGCUGGCGGUCAGCGGACUCUGUGGGAGGUGAGAGAAGCUGAGUUCGGUGCGGUCCCCGGUAAGGGGUGAUGUCGUCAUAAGGUACGGCUGAGUGGGGUUAUCUUCCGGUACCGCGAUGGAAGAGGGGGUGAAUAUGAGUCUUUUUUUUGUCUAUGCUAGGGGGUGGGAUGAAGCUGAUUCCAGCCCUCUUCCGGGGAGUGGGCGGGGUCGCUGUAAACAGGAUGUCCCAGGAACUGAUAGUCCAGUGCAAGGAGUACCUGGGGGAAAUGGGGAGCUGGGUCUGCUGGGAGCUAAGGGUCUACUAUAAGCACUGUCAACAGAGAGAAACAGACCAUCUGAGGGCAUCUGGAGAGGUGGAAAAUGCAUAGCCUGGACCCAAAAGGCUAGCAAUCUAGUUCAUGGUGGAGGCAAUGCUAGUGGUAAAGCAGCAGCAGCUCUGGGAGAGUUCAAACUCCAUCAGAAGGGGUAGGCAGCAAAUCUAAACAUGGGAGUUGGUGUUUAGGGGAAAUCGAGUGGACAGUUCUCAAAUAUAAGAGCCAUUAUUGUUAUCAGCAUUCAUGUAUCACCAACAUAUUCCACAGUGCUGUACAAUGUUCCAGAUAGGGUAUUAACAGAAGCGAAUUGAUUGGAAAUCACUAUAGCAGUAUUUAAAGGGAGACACCUAGACCACUUCUGCCCAUUGGAGUGGUCUGCGUGCCAACUCCCACUACCCUUAACCCUGCAAGUGUAAUUAUUGCAGUUUUUUUUUAUAAACUGCAAUAAUUACAUUGCAGGGUUAACUCCACAGCCACUAGAGGGCACUUCCUGCUCUAUAGCACAGUAAACCUGUGCUAGAGCGUCGCUGGACGUCCUCAUGCUGUGUGAACUCCAGCGUUGCUCAAUUCCCCAUAGGAAAGCCAUUCCCAAUAUGUGCAUUAGGUCUCCCGGGCCGGUGGGCGGGAUCAGUCUUGCCCACCGGCCGACGUAAAAACUGGGAGGAGCAGCGGCGAGAAGAAACCACCGCCGAGGGACAUCGGGGUCUCAGGUAAGUGACCUGAAGGGGUUUUCACCCCUUCAUCAACUGUCGAUGGGGGGUGGGAGGGAAAGGGGACCUGCAGUGCCAGGAAAACGGAUUGUUUUCCUUGCACUGGUGUUUCCCGUUAAUAGUGAAAGUAGGCCUAGGAGAGGUAGCAGACACUGUGGCUUGACAUGUUUACUACCCAGUUGUACCUCUUUUGAAGGGGUUUUAGAACUACAGUGAUAAGAAAAUGUAAUUUGAAAAAAAUUGUUUGAAUAAAGUUCUUAUUCUGAUGAGUUAUUGUUCUUAAGCAUUUGCAAGGUGAAACCCUGCUAAGUUACGAUUUCAUUUUGGUUCCAAAUUCACAAGUUUGUUUAUACCAUGAAUUGUAUUCAUAAUUUGCCUCCCCAGUUGUUCAUUGUGUCCAAGUCACUGUGUAGACUUUCUUUCACUUGGCUCACUUCUAAAAUAAGAGGAAUAACAGUUUAGUUUUGUGGUACAAGUUUUUUAAUUUAUAUAUGCUGAAGAGUUGCAUUAACAACGAAACAGCUGUCCAUGAGUGGUUCACAGAUUUUGCAUCUUUCCUAUAUUGUGUUUCAAGCUGUUGUAUACAGCAAAAACAGAUUAAAAGGAAUCCAUGUUUAAAAUGGAGUGAGGCAAAAAUGUGAUUCUUUGUUAAACUAAUUUGCAUAUGCCCACCCAGAAUCCUUUGCGGUUGUAGCUUGACUGGUGUGCAGAUUUUUAUUUAACAUUGUAUUAAUAUUAAAAUAUAUAUAUAUAUUAUUUAUUUUUCUUCACUUGGCUCUCUCCUAACUUAUUUAGAAAUAUGCCUCUGACAUGUUUACAAAAAAAAACCUUAACAAAUUGGAUGAUUUGUUUGCAAGUUGCAGUCUUAUGCAAGAUAUGCCAUCUUAUGAUUAUUAUUGCCAUUUAUGUAGCGCCAGUAGAUUCCGUAGCGCUUUACAAUAUUAUGAGGAGGGAUUUAACUAGAAAUAGGACAAUUACAAGAAAACUUACAGGAACGAUAAGUUGAAGAGAGAAAGCAUUGGAUUGGCUGAGAUGAUCAAUUCUGAUAUCUCAGCCAAGGAGGUAGAUCGGGGGCGGGGCCAGGGCAGCAGAUCCACACGGCGCCAGGAUAAAGGUGAGUUUUUAUCCUUUUUAAAAGGGACACUGUAGGCGCCCAGAUCACUUCAGCUCAUUGAAGUGGUCUGAGUGUAAUGUCCCUUAACCCUGCAAUAGUAACCAGAAAAGCUAAAAUUUCUGGGGAAAUUGUGAAGUGUUCUUGCCUCCACCAGUAGUCUACAACUGGAGUGGGUGGAGUGGCUUGAAUAACUGUUGUGUGGUUGGAGUAACUGUGGAAAGGUUGGACUGGGCAAAGUAACUGUGUGGAGUGUUUGGAGUGAGUAAAGAUAGUAAACAUUACACUAACCAAUUGAUCAAAUUUAAAAAGUGCACAUGGCAAGCUUGAUAGUGAGAAAUGCAUUUCAACUUUUAUUUAUUUAUAUAGCACAUUUAAUUGCAAUGUUGUUGCCCAAAGUGCUUCACAGUUACAUUAAAACAUACAUUUAUAAAAACAUUAGCAGGUGUACAAAAGGCCCUGUCCAUGACAUCACUUGCUGCUCCAGCCUGGCACAGGUCAGAAUAUUUUGGCGGUUGCCAUCUUCAAACGGUCGUAUUUUAAAAACUAUCAUUCCUACAGUGAAGAGCUUUAUAUUGUGAGAAUCACAAGACCCAGACCUACAUUUUGAUGCAUAGUAUGUCUCUAAAAUAUUAAAAAUGAAGGCACAGUUGCAGUUUAGAAAUUGCCCUUCAGAUUUGAGCUGGCUAGAGUGGAGUUUCAAUGAAUGUUAAUGGACGGCGUGAGUUGCAAACAAAUGGUCAUAUUGUGAAAACUGUGGACAUGUUGAGUGGCAGCAGAGAUAGCUGAACGUUUUGAUAUAAGAUUUGUGUAGGUGGGCUUGAUAAUGAGGGAGUGGUGGCAGUUUAGAAAUCAUGUCCUGAUUUUUCAGCUUUUGCCAGCUCCCACUCUAGUUUUGAACAUUUUGCCAUUCAUGGGACCAAUUUCGCCACAAGAACGACGAUAUUCCGUGAAUCAUUCGGCGAAACGUUCCACAAAGUAAUAGCACACCAAUCGGGAACAAUCCGCACGUUUCGGUAUAUUACUGUCUAUGUAGUGUAAAAACUGUGGGAGGAGUUAGGGUGGUAAAUCUGGCUAGAAUAAUAUAUAUGUGAAAUAACAGUAAGUGGUCUUGCUAUGCACAUGCAAGAACACUUAAUAAUAUAUAUGUGAGUUUUUUAUAUAUAUAUAUAUAUAUAUAUAUAUAUAUAUAUAUAUAUUCCCUUUAGUGCCGAGGGAGGGCGGCACUAUAGAAUCCCUUUAAAGAGAAACUAUAGUGCCAGGAAAACAAGUGCCCACCUCCCCCCAUGUGGUGCAGAAGAGAUUACCUGGGUCCGCACUGGCUUGAGUCCACCUUAACUCCUCCCCUGCCAUCACCUGGCUGGGGAGACCUAAUGCGCAUGACCGACAAUGGCCCGCUCGCAUUAGGAUUUCCCUAUAGCAAUGCAUUAUACAAUCCUUUUUCUAUGAGGUGGCACUGCAUGUGAAGACGUCUAGCUUCAUCGCCUGACAGCCCGGAAGUGCCUCUAGUGGCUCUCUGGAGUUACCCCACAAAGCUAAUUAUUGCAGUUUAUAAAAAAAAAACUGCAAUAAUUAGCGUUGCAAGGUUAAGGGAUCUGGGACACUGUACUAAAGUGGUCUGGUUGCCUAUAGUGUCCCUUUUAAGGAAGGCAGCCACCUGAAUAACAGUAAAGAGCAGUGGUUCCCAAACCUGUCCUCAAGGCACCACUACCAGUCCAGGAUUUGGGAAGGUGUUUUUAGGAAAAAAUAAACACCUUGGACACAACUGGGUAAUCCCUAAAUCCUGGACUGAUAGGGGUGCCUUGAGGACAGGUUUGGGAACCACUGGUAUAGAGUCAGGAAUACAUGUUUGACCUUAUAGUGUUCCUUUUUAAUAUUAAAAAUGAAGGCACAGUUGCAGUUUAGAAAUUGCCCUUCAGAUUUGAGCUGGCUAGAGUGGAGUUUCAAUGAAUGUUAAUGGACGGCGUGAGUUGCAAACAAAUGGUCAUAUUGUGAAAACUGUGGACAUGUUGAGUGGCAGCAGGGAUAGCUGAACGUUUUGAUAUAAGAUUUGUGUAGGUGGGCUUGAUAAUGAGGGAGUGGUGGCAGUUUAGAAAUCAUGUCCUGAUUUCUCAGCUUUUGCCAGCUCCCACUCUAGUUACCUGGGUCCGCACUGUCUUGAGUCCACCUUAACUCCUCUAUGUCAUGAUUCCCUUUUAUUCCAGAAGUUUGGUCCUUAAGGGGUUAAGAAGAUUAUUUACUAAAAUGAGCAUUCAAAGUGAAUUUCAAAUUUAAGGCCAGAGUAGCCAAACUGAACAUAUAGAUUAUUUUUUUUCAUGCACAGCUAGUUUGACCUUACAUUUGAGUUUCACUUUACAUAAAAUACGUUCAAAGUUCAUCUGUCAGUUAGUUGUAAACUUACAAUUUAGAUUUUUGCAACUGUUCCUACUUAAAAGUGAAACCUGUUCCAGUUUGAUUUUAAACAAUAUGUUAAAUUAAAUAUUCCUCAAGUGCCUUUUCCCCUUUGAAUGGUACAGAGAGAGUAUGAAGUAUCUGGGCUCAUCCAGACCCAUCUCGUCUUAACUCUAUACACAGACUAAAAAGGACAAGCCCCAAAAAAGACUCCAUAAACAACUGUAGGGGUAUAGUACAAAUCACAGCAUAACAUUUAGGUAAUGCCGUAGAAACCGCUACAAUCAAAGAUAUUGCGCAAAAAAAAAAAAAAGGAAUGUAUCCACACCUAAAGAGUAUAAUGAUACAAAUCCUACAAAAGUAGAGCAAAAAGCCCUAGCAUGUAUCUCUCACCCGUAAGGAGAAUUGAUCAACUAAAUGGUGAAAAGAGAGACUAUAAAACCCAAACCACAGUGAUAACAUAACACUGCAUUCAAAUGAACAAAAAAUAACAAACAAUAAUAAUAGUACUUAUCCAUGGGGCCUCUCCACAAGUUCAAAAGAUGCUGUGAGCUAAGUAGAUGUAGCACAAGGGGAUUCCAGGAUCGCUGAUACAGUAAGUGGUGGUGUCUGUAAUACUCUGACCACACAGUGGCAAGGUGCUGAGUUCGGGAAGCACAACAAGCUGGGAUCGCAUGGUGAACCAUGACAGGUAACUAGGAAAAGGUGAACCAAGGGCAUACUUAGUCCGCGGCAUGUCCUUAUUGCUUACCCGAUCGCCGACGUUUUAUUUAUUUAUGUAUGUGUGUGUGUGUGUGUGUGUAUAUAUAUAUAUAUAUAUAUAUAUAUAUAUGUGUAUAUAUAUAUAUAUAUAUGUAUGUAUAUAUAUAUGUAUGUAUGUAUAUAUAUAUAUAUGUAAUUUUUUUCUAACUGUAUUUUGAUAUUAAUAUUUCAAAAUACACUUAGAAUUAAAUUAUAUAUGUGUGUGUAUAAAUUAUAUAUAUAUAUCCAUAAUCACAUAAAUAUAGACGUAGACUUCAAAUAUAUAAAUAUGUAUUUAUAUUUAAAUUCUACAUGCAUAAUUAAAUCAUUUUAUUGAUUGCAAUUUGAGGGACCUGCCUGACAACCCAGGCAGAAAGUCCAGAAAAUUUAAUUUGCUAGUACUAUAUUUAACCCUAACAAAUUAGUGUUUCAAAACCGUAAAACAUAUCACAGCGAUUGAUAUUGUCAGUGAAAGUGAUGGUUUGUUUUUUUUUGCAUUUUUCACAUAAAAACGGCACUUUCACUGAUGAUAUUGUUAUGUUUUACUGUAACACUAAUAUGUGUUCAGUGAAGUCUCCAGAGUAUAACAGUACCCCCCAUGUACAGGUUUUAUUGUGUUUUUGAAAGUUUCAGGGUCAAAUAUAAGGCUUGAUUUUCCAGUUUUUCACAUUGAAAUUUGCCAGAUUGGUUAUGUUGCCUUUGAGAGGUAGCCCAGGAAUGAGAAUUAUCCCCAUGAUGGCAUACCAUUUGCAAAAGAAGACAACCCAAGGUAAUGCAAAUGGAGUAUGUUCAGUCUUUUUUUUUAGUAGCCACUUAGUCACAAACACUAGCCAAAGUUAGCAUUCAUAAUUGUUUUUUUGCAUUUUUAACACACAAACAAAUAUAAAUGCUAACUUUGGCCAGUGUUUGUGACUAAGUGGCUACUAAAAAAGACAGUAUAUACCCCAUAUUGAAUACCCUGGGUUGUCUACUUUAAAAAAAAUAUGUACAUGUGAGGUGUGAUUCAGAGAUUUAUGACAGAUGACAGUGUUACAAUGUCAAUAUUGAUGUUAAAAAUAUAUACAUGUUAGCUUUCAGUAGCUAACAUGUUUAAAAAAAAAAAUACGAGACUUCAUGGCAACAUUCAAUAUGAAUGAUGUCAACUUGCACAUUAGGAUGAUAGUAUUCACAUGAAAAUUAUUAAGGUUUGCAAUCUAUUCAGGAAAAAGCAUCCUUUCUUUUCAAUUCAAGCCCUGCCCUUUGGGUUGGCAUCAGCGCCAAGAAUAUUUACAAAAAAUCGGACUUCUCUAGCAGCAGCCCACAUCAAAGAAUCUCCAGCUAGAAAAUAUUUAGGCUUCAAUGCUUACAAGAACAUGGUUGGAUCAUCAGCUGAGUAAAGUCACAGUUUAUUCCGGCUGUCAAAUGGACAAAAGCAGCAACAAGACCCCUUUUAAUGGGAAAUUCUAGAAAACUGGUCCAAGAAAGACCAAAACCUAGAUGUUGAUUUAAGUCUGACCAGGGGUGUCCAAAAACAACUGGCAUUGUGGAAGGAAUCAAGGUUUGCAAUUCCAUCAAAGAGAAUUGCUUAUUAUAAACAAUGGAAUCAUCAAAGUUUGAAUGGGGUGCACACAUGCCUCUACACUUGUCUCUUUACUGGAGUGUUUGGUCUACAGAACAGUUAAACUAGUCUUCAAAGAAAUGAAAUGGGUUUUCUACAAUGUUUUAAGAAUUCAAUCCUUGGAUUUCGAGGAAGGCCAUCAGGGUCCAGUCGGACUGUCACAACAAAGUGACCCCAACACCCAGAAUGCAACCCUAAAUAGAGAAAACGUAUGAAUGGACCUUAGAAUGGCUGGGUUUAAUGUGGAUAGCAAGAGAAUAGUCAAGGAAAAGUCAAAGAAAACCAGAGGUCGGGAUAACGAUAAGGAAUAGCCGAGUCAGGAAACCAGAAAGCAGAAUAGUCCAAAUACAAGCCAAGUCAAAAAAAUACCAGAGGACACGAUCAGGAAACUCCAUGGCACAAGAGGGAACAACAAGUGAAGCAGAAUAGGGAUGUGAACCAAAGCAAUAGGUGCUCUAUUUAUAGGGGAGCAUCUUUUGCUUCCAAACCACACUACCAAAACGUCAGAUAGCGAUGAAUAAUUAGAUUUUAUUUAUUUUUGCGGUCCGCUAUCACGUCGGCUCGCAUGUGCCCCGUCCUAAAAGGGGCUUGAUUGGAGGAGUUGGCAAAUGAAAAUCCCCCACGCAGGGAGUAAGGUAUCGUUGUAACAUAUUCUUCCUCACCUUGCGGUCUCUGCACCCACCCUGCGGAUCCAUGGCAAAAUAUACCCCCACGUCCGCUCACGUGAUUGACAACGUCGGCGUGCAGGUGACGUCACGUACGCGCCGCGUGUGCACGUUUUGGGGGCAAAGAGCGAUUUCAGCCAAUCAGAAUAGUAAAGCAGGUAUUUAAACCAUAAAAUACCUUUCCUCAUUGCCCUGUCAUGGUUGUCCUAGAGCGCAUUCCUUAUUCUGGUUAUUUGACUUUGGCAUUGAUUUUGACUUUCCCUGUUUUCUGGUAUCCCUGACUCCUGACUUUUCCUUAACGUUGUGUCUCUUUCUGUAUCCCUUGACCUCGGCUAUUCCUAACUAUUCUUUGGUACGUUAGUCCGGCCAUUCUACGUUACCUAUCAGUCCUCUGUGUUACACAAUUCUACGUGCUGGCUCAUUCUGUAAUCCUGACAAUCUUGACACGGACAACAUCACGACAGGAACAUAUUUGAGCAGGCAAGGAGGAACAAGGGUCAGAGCUAUUCAGCUUAUGCACAGAUUAUGCGAUGAAGAGUUAGAAUUUCUUACAACAACCAACAUAAAAGGCAUAGACAUAGUCAUUUCAGACAAUCUAAGCAAGACCGAAUGGUCCUUACGUCCGGAGGUUUUUACAACUCUUUGGUCUACCAGAAGUAGAUUUGAUGGCAAUGUGGAAGACAAGAAAACUUCCCGUUUUCACAUUCCUCUUCAAACCAGAUCUCCCUCAAUUCUUGGAGGGUAUGUCAAUCAAGUGGAACUUCAACCUGGAGUACAUGUUCCCAGGGUUUCUCAGAAAUCAGAACAGACCGGCAUUGGUAUUGGCUAUAAUCCCGUGUUGGCCUAACAGAAGCUGGUGUAUGGAAUAAAAACAGAUAGCGUUAAUGUAUUGGGAACUUCCGAUUUCAACUCCUCUUCUGGUAAACAAGACUUCCAAUAGAGACUCGUCGGAUGUUCAGAUUAACGGCCUGGCUUCUGCAAGGUUAAUCCUUCAAUAUCGUGGAAUUCAAAUGAACACGUUUGACCAGUUUCUACAUCCCAAAAAUUAGAAUAGGUUCCUUUUAUUGGUGUUUCCAUAUAUUGGUACCAUUUUGCAUUUUCUCUAAGAUGGUUUUGUUUCUGGUCAAUGUGCAAGUUUCUUCUCUCUGUCAUUUUCUUAUUCAGGAUUUUUUCAAAGCUUUUUCAAGACUAUUCUCCUCAGACAGCCUCCUCGCAAAUUCUUUUAUCUACCUGGGAUUUAUCUGUGCUUCUUAAAGCUUUUGUGUGAACCAUUUAAACCUUUAGAGGAAGUUUCUUUUAAGCUGAUUUCGCUCAAGUUUGUUUUUUAUUAUGAGCAUUAUAUCUGCUAGGAGCGUUGGGGAAAUUCAGUCUCUCUUCUCAUCAAAAAUAAUUUACAGUAUUUACUUUAGGACAAAUUGAUCAUAUACCCGCAGCCAUCCUAUUUGCCCAAGGUUCAGUCCAAGGACUGUUAAUCUACAUAUUUUUUUUUUUUUUUGCCUUUAUUCUGCAGUUCCGCUUCAUCUGCACAAGAACAGAAAUGGUACCUUCUGGAUGCCAGACAGGCUUUGUAGAGUUACCUUAACGUCUCUGAUGCUUUCAGCAGAUCAUUGGAUAACCUAUUCAUUAACUUACAUGGAAAAAUUUUGAGAAAGGAUGGAUUUUUUUUUUUUUAAUUCUAUUUAGAUGGCGACUAGGUUUGAUGGUCUUCCGGUGCCUUGUCCUUUUAAAACGCACUCCACGAGAGCAAUGGCUACUUCCUGGGCUAAAAGAUCUCAUGUAUCGCCAGAAGAUAUUUGCAUGGCAGCAACAUGGUCCUCAUUCAACACAUUAAUAAAGCACUACAGGCUAGACAUCUUCUCGUCCUUAGGGGCUGCUUUCGGACAUAAGGUGCUCCAGGCUGUUUUUAUAAUGACACAUGUUUUUUUGUGUGUGGGAUCUUGCUAUAGCCCAACUGUUUGCUGUACAAUAUGACAGCGUUGCUGGCAACGGCGAGGCUGGAUCGAACUCUGAUCCCAGAGUCUCCUCUGCAUCAUUCUUUUAUUGGCCCCACUCUCAAAGUUUGGCUUACAUGUGGGUUCAUGUUAGUGGCAGGAGUAGGGCGCAGUCUGAAGAAUUCAGACUUCCCUAUACAGUGUAGUGCUGGGGCAGGGAUCCCCUUCAGAUCCAGCCCAGGUAGGGAGCUUGCAUUCGGUAACAGACCAGUUAACUCAAGCACCAACCCUUUCCCUUUGCCAGGAGAUGCAGAAGAUCCAGAUGGUAAGCGCCUGUAACCGGGGUCGGUCUUCGGUUAUGUAAUGGAUACUGUUUAGUAUUUUAUCAAGAAAUAAGUCAGGUGAAGGCAGAAUACUGAAAGGUUAUCAUCAGUGGAGUGUUUGUUUUUUUUUUGUUGUUAUUGAGGUGUGGAGGAAGCAGACAUGCAUGUAUUAAGCACUAAACCAGAGUCUAAGUUACUGUAUAUGUAAAAAUAAAAGUGUGUGUGUGUGUAUUUUGUUGUGCUCAAAAGAAGGGAUGUGCCUCUAAUUCCAGAGAGAGAGCUCCAUAUCAGUCUGAAGUUUGUCCCUGACGAAGGUGCAUCUCUUUAGCACCGAAACGUGCGUUGGGCAUUUUACUCAUAUCACUUGGCACUGGUGGAUGUAGCACCAUGAUUCUGCACUAUACCUAAUCUAUCUCUAUUUCUGUUCUAUGCAUGUCUAGCUAGAUUAACAGGGAGAGAGGCUUUGUAAUUUAAUUUAUACUACCAGCCUAUCUUUUUGACUGGUCCUUUAUCUAUUACUUACCUCUAUCCUUCCAUCUAUCCUUUUAUAGCUCGAUUUGGAGCAUACUUUAUAUAGAUUUGUAUACUAGACGUUUCCUAGGAUAGAUAAUUGUAUGGGAUUUUCCCCCCUCCCUUUUUUACCCUUACCCUAAUAGCAUAUUAUAAUAAAGCUGACAAUUAGGGUGUAGUUAUGAUUUAGGCUAUAUCUUGAUAUCCCUAUCAAUCAUAUCCUGGUCUGGCAUAGAAUUUUUGUAUCACCUGUAUAUACCUUAUUUAUUUAUUUUUUAUUUUUCAUUAUAUCACCAUAGGUCUCUCACCAUUUUUUAUUAUUUAACAAGCCAGGGUUUAUAGUACACUAUACCGUUAUAUAUACUUCCAGGCCAUGCAGCUGAUCUCAAGUACACUCUGAGACAGACUGCAUCUUGUUAAUUUUUUGUUGCAUUGUUUGUUUAUUUGGGGUUAAGCCCCUCUGAGAUACCUGGAAUCUCGCUUCGGUACACUAGUCCCUGUGGGGCACCUGUUGAUCUCCCCCCUUCUUUUUGUUACAUCCUGGGGAGAGUGUAUACAGGUGGACACACAGAGACAUAGAACCUUGUGUUCUUUACUAACUUUUUGCCUCUAAUUCCAUACCAGUAAAAAUUUGUUUUGUAAGGCAAUUCGGAUGGAGCUUUCUGAGUUGGCAUUCAUCUCCUUCAGGCACUAGCGCGUUCUGUUUUAAUGUGAUACCCAUUUUCUCUCUCCAUCAUUCAUGCUUUUUAUAUUUUCUCUCUUUUUGACCGUCUUGUAACUUGCGAUUUAUCAAAUUUGUUCCUUUUAACAUAUCCUUUUUUUAUGCUUUGGUUUACUUUAAAACAUUUUGUUUGCAAAAACCUUUAACGCUGUGAGCAAAUAUAGGUAAAAGGGGCAAUCCGCAUAAUCUCAGUACAGUUUGCAUAAUAUAUUAUGGUGCAAAUAAUUGCUUAUAGCUGUAUCUGUUUGCAAACCUUUCUGCAGCUGUAAACUCACUCCCUGGCUCUGUUACAUAUGCCCUAUAUACAACUUCUUUGUCACUGUAGCAGUCUUGCAAAUGCAUUGAUUCAUGAAAAAUAUGGAGCUAUUUAUCAAGCAGACAAAAGCCACACUGCAGCAUAGUACUGUCUUUCAUUUAUGUACGCAUAUGAGCAACAGUCUUUGUUGAGGAGAAAUUUGACUUCAGUGGGGCCCUAAUAUAGUGUAAUUCGCUGUACCAUUUUAAAAGUCUGACUUAAACUUGCAAUCUUUGAAAGACUAUUUUAUCAAAUAUAUAUUCAAGGUAUGUAAUUUACUUGAGGUAUGUCAAAUGCUACAAUUUAAAGUUUUACAGUAGUGUGCAUAAUGUCACAUACUGCAUAAUUAAAGAUUAUCUGCGUAUUUUCAUAGCACAAACCCUGCCAUCACCUCUGCUGUUGUAAAACGUCUAAAACAUAUAUAUAUUUUAUUUUUUAUCCCCCUCCCUUUUUAGGUCAGCAUGACAGCAACGGCUGCUGUGAGUCCGAGCGAAUAUUUACAGCCAGCUGCAUCUACAACCCAGGUACAAUUUAUUUUCUUUUUUUUGUCAUAUCCUUCUACUCCUGUCGCAGUAGUGCUGGAAAUUAUACCAAGCUCUGUAUGUGCUUAACCCUAUUUAGGUGAUAUAUAACCUUUAGUAGGUGAUUAGCAAGUCCUAAUCUACUUGCCAGGCCUAAAAUGUAAUUUCCACCACAAAUGUGACACGUGUACAUGAUUUAUAUUUCAUUUACAGUAUAUCUCUAUUUAGCACGCAUGUCUUCCCUGUACUGCUGUCUGUUAGUCUCUCUAAUAAACAAUGUAUUAAGCUCUCUACUAGUGUCCCUUCUGUCUCACAUUGUAUCUAGCUUUCUACAGUGUCAUGUGCUUAUAGCCACUAUGUUUUCCAAUGCGACUCCUUCCCCAAAUAUUACUUGCAGCGUCUGACUCCACAGAGUCACAAAUAAAUUCGCUAGCUAUCUAGCUGUUUAGUGAGAAAACUGUGAGGAAAAACCUAGGUUAAAGAUGUUAAUAAGUUGGAAAGACAGAGAAAUGGCUAGAUGUCAGGGUGGACAAGAUGGUAAUAAGUCAGUAUAUAUUACAUGGGAAAUAUUAGGCGCUUAAAACAUUUUCAAGUAAUGUUAAUCACAAGUAAAACAGGGAAGCAGCACAUUGUUUUCUAACUUCCCCGACUAACACUUCUGUCAGUGUAACUUAUAAAUUAGGCAUUGUUUAUUUAAGGGGUUUAUUCACUAUACAGUUUGAAAUUCUCUUACUUGACUCUAAUCACAGUUUGGCUAUGUCAGCCUAAACUGAGCAGUUUGGUUUGCAAUUCAUCAACAUUUGGUAUUUAAGGAACACAAACGUGUUCCUGACCCUAUAGUGUUAAAACCACGAUCUGGCCCACCUUGCCCCCUUAAAUGUAGCAAAAUACAUUUACAUACCUUUAUUCCAGUCUGCAGCUGCUGUCUCUGCCCCGUUCUGCCUGCAUGGCCAAUAGGAAAGCAUUUGAUUGACUGAGAAUGUCAGGGAGGCAGAGCCAGCACAAGAUGCAUUGAAUCAAUGCAUCUCUGAUGAAAGUUCAGUGUCUCCAUGCAGAGGGUGGAGACAUUAAAUGGCAGCUCUACCCCAGGAAGCACCUCUAGUAGCCAUCUGAGGAGUGGCCAGUGGAGUUAACCCUAGGCUGUAAUGUAAACACUGCAUUUUCUCUGAAAAGACUGUUUACAGCAAAAAUCAUGAAGGGAAUGAUAAUACUCACCAGAACAAAUACAAUAAGCUGUAGUUGUUCUGGUGACUAUAGUUUACCUUUAAGAAAUAUAUCUCUCUCCCCCAAGUGUGAAAGUGUUUAAACAACUCCUCUUUAAUUCAAAAAGUGCCUUACUCUGCAGACUGAAAAAAGCAGGGACAUAUGAUUUUAUUUUUCAUAUAUAAUAUUAUAUGUCUCUGCGCUAACCAUCUAGUGUCCUAUGCCUAGGAAUGUUGGAAAGGUGCAAAACUUAUUUAUUAUGCGAAUAUAAUUAAAUAUAUAUACAAAUUACAAGAGCAACAUGUGAAUGUAGACCCUUGGUAUAUUAUUGAAGCAGAAGCAACUAAAACUAGCAACUUUGAGUAUUUUCUAUGGUUAAACAGCGAUAUGAAACAUAUAAAGGCCCUUACAGAUACAGCAUUAAUUUUGUAUCAACUUUUAAAAGUCUGGGAGGAGAUUUAAAAAAAAAAAAAAGCUUUGGGAAUUGCCAAAUAUAUACCAAAAACCUGUAAACUGACUGUAUUAGAACAAAAUAUGAAAGACUUAUCGUUAAAGAAUUGGCCAAAUAAAGAUAUAAUUUCAAUUUCAAAAAUAAUGAAAGAUGAUAAACUAAUCUUAUUUCCAGAAAUGGUGGAAAAGUUUCAAGUUCCUAGUAGUGAAAUUUUUACAUAUUUAAGAAUUAAACAUUUUCUAGAUCUCCUCAGUGUUUUAAAAUCUUCUUUCCAGCCAACAGGCUUUAUGGAAAAUAUAUUUGGCAAUAAAUAUGUAAACAAAGUAAUUUCUAAAGCUAAUCUCCUUUUAAACUUACUUAAUGACAACCCAACGAAAAGAACAAAUUAUUGGGAGCAAGAACUUGAAUUAACAAUAACGCUGGAAGAAUGGUGUUCCUCAUUGUUACAUACUUCGAAAAAUAUACACUGCUUAAACUUGAUAGAGUGCCAUUUUAAAGUUAUAAACAAAUGGUAUUUAACACCAAAUAAAUUAGCCAAAAUGUAUCAGAAUUGCGAUUCCACAUGUUGGAGAUGUGGUAGCAGUUUGGGUUCAUAUACCCAUAUAUGGUGGUUUUGUCCAGGCGUUAUUGAAAUUUGGCUAUGGGUCUUUAAAUUAUAUUAUGACUUGACAGGUAUAAAAUUUAUAUUUUCACCUACAGUUGCAUUACUACAUGUAAAUUGGAAUUUAAAAUCACGAAAUUAUAUCUGUAUUGGCGUUCACUGCUUUAUAGCUACGAAAAUAGUAAUAGCCAGAAAUUGGAGGUCCUCUUACCUCUUCAAAAACAACAUAUACUUUUUCAAAUUAAAACCCAAUUGAAUAUGGAAAAAUCGCUUACGAUAAAUCAUAUUUCUCAAAUAAAAAGAAAUGUUAUGGAUGAAAACUGGCUAAACAAAUUGUCAACUAUGUAAGAUAUAUCCUGAACUUGAAGUUAAAAAGAUUUUUGAAAAUCUGAAUUUGUAAAGUACCCCCUGGAAUGAAUGUUAGCACAUCUAUGUAAUGUAAAUUAUUAUGUAUUUGUGUUUGAGUGAUUUAAUUUUUAAUUUUUUUUUGUAUACUGAUAUGAAUUGUAUUUGCUAAAAAUUCAAAUAAAGAAAUAUUGAAAUAAAAAAAUGCAAACUGCAGCUCUCCUUUCUACAAAUUGUGCAAGUCUGACAUUCAGCCCUGUGCUGGCUGCUUACAUUUGCAGCCAUUAAAAUGUGUCUGUACCAGCAGCCCCGGGGUCAGAGAGCUGAAGUCUUUCUGGGCCUGAUUCAGCUGAUUAAUCACUGGAGCAGCCUCAGCACACUCCAAUGCUGGAGUGGGGCAAUGUACAGCACAUUCUGUACUCACAGGGACUGAAUUUGCUGUUGCACACUGCUAGCAUGCAAGUGGAAAUGUGAAGUCCUGUUGUGGGUUAUACUUUUCUGAAAUGCACAGUUUACCAUUCAGUGUUGCUGUUGUCAGCUAUUCUCCAACCAUUGUAGACUAUAACCACAAUAAUAAGUCAUUUGCAUUGGAGAUAAAUAAACAGCCACUGAGUCAAAAGUGUUCCAUUACUUAAAGGGACACUUUAGGCACUAUAACCAUUUCAGUAAAAAAAACACAGGCAAUGUGGGUAGUUUUAUUAAGAUUCUACUGUAAAGUAUUUUUAAGCAGUUUAACCCUGUAUGAGGGUCCCUGACCAACCCUAGCUUUGCCCUUGCUGGAGCUUUGGCUAAGGCAAAGAUUACACACUUCCUCAAGUCAUACCAGCAAUGGGUGCUGUAAUAGGCUGAAAGCGGUUAGCUGACACUCUUAGCCAAUCAUUGCCACCCAUUGCUGCUCAGGCUAAUGCUGCCUGAUUAGCCCAAGCAGCACAGUGAGGAUGGAUAGCGACUCCUAUCUAGCACUAAAACACGAAAACCUUUUUAACACUGAAUGGAAUGGUGAUGCCAUGUACUUUACACAUUAUAACCACUUCAACUACAUAAUGCUGUUACAGUGCCUAGUGCCUCUUAACAAUUUUAAAGCUGGCAGAUGUUCUUUAGUGUAAAUUUUAUUUACACUACCAAAAAGUGUAUUGUGCAAUGUUCAGAGGACUGCACUUGAUUUUAAAACUGAACACCUACAAUACCUACCCAAAAUAAAUACCAAACCAUGAAUAGCAAUGAAACUUAUUGUAUGGUAACCAAUUAUUUCUCUCUUUUCUUCUACCAAUCCCACAGGAUACUCAACCGUCUCCUCUUGCUCUGCUUGCUGCCACAUGCAGUAAAAUUGGGCCACCGGCAGUGGAAGCGGCUAUAGCUCCUCCAGCACCCUCUCGACCAACUCGCAAAAGACUGAUACCCAUAAAACCUGCUCCUCUGCCUUUGAGCCCAGCAAAGGCUGGUAUUGGAUUUUUGUCCUCAAAAGGAAAUGUUAUCCAGAUCCAGAAUCCCCAGUUGAGUACAGGAGGCCCAGGAAAUGGACAACUGUUCUUAACCAUUCAGAAUCCAGUGGCUAAGGGUAACAGAUAUCAGGCUUUGCAGUCUACCAGCCAGACACUGUCUGUUCCACAAAACCUAGCUAAUCAAUUGCAGAUCCUUGCUGAUGGCACAACACUGCUUGCACCAACCACAAACCCUUCAAAACAUGUGCCCAUCAAACCAGCACCCCCACAAAAAAACAACAACCUGGUGAAAGUAGGAGGCAGUGGUCUUACAUUGGCCUUACCUCUGAAUAGUCUUGGAGACACCUCAGUAGAGACAUGCUCUCAGCUCUUAUCUGCUAAACCUAGCAAAAAAAUUCGUAGGAAACUUACCCCUUCUGGACCAGCCCCGGGAUCUCCAACACAAGAACAGAUGGAAACUGUAGUGAUUGAAACUACAGCCGAAAACAUCUUGCAGGCAGGUAACAACCUGCUCAUUGUUCAGAGCCCUGGUGCUGGGCAGCAUGCUGUACUUCAAGUGAUGCAGCCCAAAACGGACACUCAAUUAGUGCAAAUUCCCUCACAGGCGUUAAGAGUGGUACAAGCUGCUUCUGCCACGUUACCCACAGUGCCACAGAAACCAGCACAGAAUGUCCAAAGUGCAGAUAUGUUACCCACACAGGUAUUUAGGCAGACUUACUUGUAUGCUAUUAUUUCAAAGUUUUUCAUUUUUACUCCUUAAUUUCUGUGUUUUAGAUGGUUAUUGCCUUUUCCUGCAGGUAAAAGCGAGUUGCUUCUUUACAACACAUCUUCCUCUGGAGCUGAAGUUCUACCAUACGUUUUCAUUGCCAAAUAUGUGACUGUUUUAUUACUAUAUAUUUAACUUUUGUGUCAUCUUCUCAGAUUUUUACCUUUUUCAUUAUAUUCAUUUUACAUAAAUUGACACAUUUUAUCCCUUUUUCUUCCUUCAUCAGCUAGGUCUUGUGGUCCUUAAAGUAGUUGUUUUGGGACACACAUCUUUAACUUCCAAAAUAAAAGUUGCUAAAAGGAUUGCAACAGCAAAUAUUUGAGUUAUGAGUAAAAAAAUAAAAUCUUUCCUCUCACUUGUCAGUAUUAGAACUGAGUAAUGAAGAGAGCAGGAGAAUUGCCUAUAGGAUGUUCUUCACUCCAUCACAGUAACAACAGCACAUGUAGUAUGAAGUAACUACACUACAUGCUGUAGUUGUGGUUGUUACAAACACCGUUGGGCUGGCAGCGAAGUCAGCAUGUCUUAGGAAAGUGUUCAUAAACAACCAUUCAGGUAGGAGGGGGCGGGUGUUAUUUUAUGAUAGACACGGGGUAGGAGGAAGUAAUUUAGAGUGUUUGAAAGAAAAGUAUUGCUUAUCUUUCAGUACUCGCCAUCCUGAUCUUGUCUCGUCUUCCUAGCUGAGAUUAAUGAUCUCGACCAAUCCAAUGCUUCCCUCUAGGAGAGACGUUUGAAUAAAAGCUGGGAAAGACUCGAUUCUCACAUGGAUGCACCUCUAGUUGCUGUCAAAACCUGCCUGGGCUCUAAUAGAUUGUGAUGCAAGGAGGUCAUUUGUAACAACAGUUUAUAACAGAAGCAAUAUUCAGAUAUCUGCAGCUAUAAGACUCUCUUCUGUACCAGGCAUCAAUACUUAUUUUUUACUGUACAAGUUGUGCUUAUCUGCAUGCUGCAUAGGUCUGUAUUGUUAGUUGCCCAACCCCAACCCCUCCGCAGCUCUGAGGUUUAUGGAAUAAAAAGGAUCUUCCUGAUUUGUGGAGCUUUGUUUUUAGUUUGCUGCUUCAUGCCUAUAGAUUAUCUGCAGCAUUAAAAGGAAUUAUCUUCAGGAUGAUUUUAAAUCACUUGUAAGAUUUGAUUUAUUAUCAUGAUUUGUAAAUAUAAAAACUUAUUCUUGCUGAUUUUGUUAUAAUUUUAAUAUUCACAACUAUAUAAAGCUUUCAUAUUUGGGAUUAUAACUUAUCAGACUAGUUAAAUUUUAGAUCAGAAAUUAUUUUCUAUAUACAAUCAGAAAUACCUAGAGAAUGAUAAAAUCAUUGCAAGGUGCACUAUCUCUAGUUUAAUAAGUUACUCCUAUUUGGAAAACAAUUUAAAUUGUUUGUUACCUAACAUUAUAUAGCCUACAUAUUCUUGAAUUUGCUUUAACAUCAAUGUUUGUUGUAAAGGAAGUGGUUAAAUACAAUAUCGUAUGAAAAUAAAUGCUUGAACUGCAAUGGUCUGCCAUCUUACCUGGAUCCUCCACCUGGCGGCAAGCAUUAUCUGAUCUGUGUGAUGCGCAUCCUGCUUUUUCAGAUUAGGAGAAGCCAGAUGUCUCCCACUGGUCAUUCAUUGGCUGAAAGCAUUAGCUAAUUCUGAUUCUCAGCCAAUGAAUGACCCACUGUGCACCAAAUAUGCACAGAGCUGCCACUGAUGUACAAUGAUGCUGCUGGCGAUGAAGAUACAUCUGACAACAAUGUAAGAUCUCUCCGUAUGCAUUGAAUUUUAUAAAGAAAAACUGCAUGUAAAAAUACCAAGCACCAUGACCAUUUAAAAGAGGUCAUGAUGCUUGGAGUAAUAACUUUAGUUGAGCUAUUCAUUGUGUGUACAUGGUUUUUCAAUAUAACAAUGGGAUAAAGGUCUUUUUCUGAACUUUGUAUGUUUAUUUUAUAGCAUUUCACUGUGAGAAAUUAUCUCUGCAGACAUACAUCAUCUAAUUAAUUAACCAAAAAUUUAAAUAUUGCAUGAAUACCCAGCCUCAUGUUACAUAACUAAUCCAUAUUUCAUGCUGAAUAACCUUUGGACUAUAAUGUAUUCUAAAUAGAAAGCUAUCAUUAGAUCCAAUAGAAAUUAUAAAAAUAAUGUAUUUUUUUUCCCCGAUUUUUCUCCACACUGAUAAUUUUGUAUAAUUGUUAUUUAACUGUUUCGAUAAUGCAUAACAGGUGGAGUUUAUUUCUUACAUUUAAGUGUCUUUUUGUAAAUUGAUUUAUUUUUAAAAGAUAAACUGUCCCCUUUUCAAAGUUGACAAUUCCUCUUAAUUUCCUUACAAUCAUCUCUUUAUCCCCCACACACUGGUUUAUUUAAACUGCUCAAUUGUCCAUUAAUGUCUUUAUUCCCCUGUUUACAGCUUUUUAUCCGUACAGCUUCGGGAGAGUUGCAGGCUCUUGUGAUGCAAGAAGCUUCAACAGCUACACCAGCCCCCCAACCAUGCACUUCACUCAGCACAGGGUCACUGGGCAUUCAGGCAGCAAACCCCACUAAGAAGAAUCUUGGCCGAAAAGAGCGAUCAUUGCCCAAAAUUGCACCUGCAGGGGGGAUCAUUAACCUUAACACAGCACAGCUAGCAGCUGCAGCACAGGCCAUGCAGACUAUUAGUAUCAAUGGACUUCCAAUGCAAGGAGUGCCUGUCACAAUCACCAGCAAUGGAGGUGAAUAUCAAACUGUGGAGAUUUUAAGGGACACUCCAGGGUCACACCACCACACACACACGUUUUAAUGCAUAUGAGGGAAAAAAGUAAACAUUGUAAAUAUAUGCCAUGGUUUAAAAAAAUAAAAUAAAACCAUAAAACUUGUUUGUAUCUCAGUGUCUUGAAAGGAUUAUUUGAAGGUCUUCAAGCUCUUUUCUGCAUUAUAAACAUCUACAUAUGCCAGGAUAUGACUAACUGCUCCAUGACAAUCCUGCUCUAUAGAAACACUAUAUGUACACCGGUGGCAUGAUUACCAUACCUUUUGAUGAUUUUGUAAGUGCAUUGUUUGUGAGCUGCAUUGUAGACCACCAGUUCAAAGUACAUUAUGCAUUCUGUAUACUUAUAACAGCAUACAUGCAUUUGAAUGGAAACCAUUGCAUGUGUGAUGUGAUUAUGUAGGGAAGGGGUGCCCAAAAAGUAGAUGCCCAGAUGUUUUAACACUUCAGCUUCCAUGAUGCAUUGCCAAUCUAAAAGGCAUGCAAAGCAUCAUGGGAGUUGUAGUUCUACAAUAUAUGGGGAGCUACCCUUUUCGGCACCGUGAUGUAGGGGGUGCAGCAACUGUGCUAUACUGAGUGCACGUGUAUUCUUAUUACAGAGAGAGAGUCAAAUAAAGGUAGGAGAAAAUGCAAGUAUCCUACACUUACUAGCAGGCCAACAAAAAAAAAAACUAAAAAUAAAGAAAAUUGGGUGAUACUUUUAUUUUUAUUCUUAUUUUGCAUGCUUGUAACAUUUUCCCUGGAGUGUCCCAUUAACUGUACAGUAUCCCAAAUAAAACCCCAAAAACAAAUCCCAGUAUAAAUGUAUACUGUACUAGGAUUUCAUUGGUUAGUUUUAUGGUUAAAUAAACUAUUGUGUAUACUCAGGUCAGCCUCAGCUCAGCGUGCAGAAUGUGUCUAGUGGUAAUGUGGCUAUCAGUGGUCUCAGCCCCUCCCAGAUCCAGCUUCAGAUGGAACAGGCCUUGUCUGGUGAGCUCCAACCAGGAGAGAAAAGGAGAAGAGUGGCUUGUACUUGCCCAAACUGCAAGGAUGGAGAGAAGGGGUGAGAGGGGAAUAAUGUUUGUUUUUGUUGCUGGACAAAAAGGCAUAGGAAUGGUGGGUGGAGGUGGGCAAGGUACAAAAAUGGGAGGAGGGUGGUCUUGGUGGUUGGAAAGAAUGGACAGAGGAGAGACUCUCUCUCCCUCUUAGCAGGUGGGGCCCUCCUGGCAGGAAGAGGCAUGUGUGUCACAUCCCAGAGUGUGGAAGAACGUUCCGCAAGACUUCCCUCCUGAGAGCCCACGUUCGCCUGCACACCGGCGAGAGACCAUUCGUGUGCAACUGGGGAUUCUGUACUAAGAGGUUCACCCGCAGUGAUGAGCUGCAACGACACGCUCGCACGCACACAGGUGUGUGGCGCAUGUAGGCAUGCAUGCACACGUACUAACUAGACUGACAGAUUGGCACAUAUUUAUGUACACACACACACACGUACAUACAGCAUAUUCUGAUACUGAUCUUUGAUAUUCUUGCACAGGUGACAAGCGUUUUGAAUGCCCUCACUGUCAGAAGAGGUUCACACGAAGCGACCAUGUCUCAAAGCAUUUCAAGACACAUCUUGUGCCCAAGAAGUUGUAA